AUGUCUGCUGAUCCUUCUGAAUCAAACAGCAAGAUAACAGGUUAGUGUUGAUUAUAUUGAAUAAUUAGUGGCGUAGUCAGAAAAAAACAUUUUGAAGGGAGGAGGAAUUCUCUCAUUUAAGUCGAUUUUCUAUAAAUUAACAUUGAAAAAAUAAUUGUAGGAGGUAUUUUAGGAAAGGAAGAAAGUGGGUGUUUUACUCCAUAACUCUCCCUUUGUGGGUAUGUUUCAGAUUAUAAAUUAAGAUUAUUUUUGAUAAUUUUUUUUUUGAUAUUAAUGUCUUUUUCAUUUUUUCGAUUCUAAGUGUAGCGAGAAUUACAUUGGUUUUAUUGUACGAUUUUUAAUUUCAUUUUUGUUUCUAUUAAUUAAGAACUUUUUACCAUAAAUUAUUGUUUCGAUCAUUAACGGAAUUAUUUCCGCUAUAACGUUUUCUGUUAUUUUCAAUUUUGCUUUUUUAAUUUUUUUUUUAAAAAAUUCAGUUAAAACAAAUCAUAUUAAUCCGAAACGUUCACCAAGUAUUAGAUAAAUGUUAUUAAACUUGCACUUAUACUAGACGUAUUUCAAUUUACAUAAUAUUUUGUCAUUUUUUGUUUAUGUGUUGUCUGGAUACAAGUUUGUGUGAUUACUUUAUUAGCAUUUUUUGUUAAAGUUUAUCUUAUGUUAAAAAAAAUAUUCAAUAAAAACCUAGAAAUGAAUACAAUUUUCGAUUUAAAUUUAUUAAAAUAUGUUUAUCCGAACUUCGCUCAAAAUCGUAUUUUCGUUUGCAAUGAUUUAAUAUUGCAUUGAGCUAUAGAUAAAUGUCAUAACCCUUUAAUUCUUAAUUUCCCACCUAUAACUGUGGCUCAUCUAUGAUGCGAAGUAUGUCGGCUUUUUUUUUAAAAUCGAUUCGAUAAUUUCAUUCCCCUCUUUCCGGAAAAAAUAUUUUAAUUUGUAUGCUGGUGUUCAAUUUUCUUAUGUCAGCAAAAUCUGUCUUCUUUUUGUGCGUAGGUAUUGAAUUUUUUUUAUGACAGUUGUACGACGUUUUUGUUUUAUACGAUUUUAAAGAAGUUUUCUAUCAAGUGUACCUAUUAAGACUGUAUUUUUAAACAUAAUCUAAAAAUGCUCAAAGGGCUGCGAAGACAAACUGUCUAUUAUAAUGUGUGAGAUUAAAUACGUUAAUGCCGAACAGUGUUUUUUUUUUUUAUAAUGUUCAACGCGUAAAAUAUAAAUAAAUAAUAGUAAAUCCUUUUACUUAAAAAAAAAAAAUGCAAUAUUAUGUAUAUUUCGAUACUUACAAAUAUAUGUAUCGUAUUAUUUAUGUAAUAAUGCAAAUUCGGGUACUUAUACAUUUUUAAUGAACGUUUUAAAGUGCAUGAAUGUUAUUUUGUGCAUAAAGAUCUGAGCCCCGAUUAUAUAAUUAUAUCUAUAGUACCUAUAUAAUAUAUUAUAAUCUAAUUCUUGGAAAUACAAAAAUAAUUUAUAUUAUUAUUUUUUAUUAUAGAAUUAAAAUAAUAUACAACAGUGGCGGAUCCACUGAGGGAGAGGGUAAUUGGGGUAAUUACCCCGCCCUCGAGCAUACUAACAUAAUAAUAUAUUAGCAGGCAUUGCCCUACAGAAUAAGACUGAAUUCGGUAUCGGGUACAUUACGUUUUAAUUACCUUCAUCCCCUUCCCUUGAAUAAUUUCUGGAUUUGCCUUUGAUAUCCACCUAUAUAAGAAAAAAACGAACUUCAAAAUUAUCUUCUUUAUUCUUAUAUUAUAUUUAUUAUACUAUAAUAAACGAGUAAAAAUAAAAAAAAAAAUAAAAAUAAUAUGUUUAGUUUGAAUAAAUAAUAUUAUGAUGACAUCACCGUUCUAUUCACUGUACUAUAUUCUCGGUGGGAUAUUAUAAAAAAAUAUACAUAUAUUACCUACUGGAGUUAGUUUGCGUUCGCCUGAUACUUUUUUUUUUUUUAACAUAAUACAGUUAACAAAUGUCCAAUUUAUUUGACGAAUUUUUCAAAUCCUUAAUUCUAUCAAUAGAAAACAUAUUACGACAUCGUUUUAAAAAAAAAUAUAAAGUAGUAAAAUCAUACUUGCUUCAGUAUUCGAUUUAAACGGACGGGGGACCGCCGGAGGGGUAUGUAUGGAUUCCUUUACUGUAAUUAUUCCCCAGCGUGGGCCACCACAAAUUAUUAUUAUUUAUUUAUUUUUUUGAUAUUAUUUUUUCAUUCAAAUGGUAAUUCUAGAUUUCCAACAGACCGAGAAAGUUAUUCCAUUUUACACACCAUAGUAUACUUCUAUAUUUCUCUAUAUAUGUGUGUAUAUAAAACAUACAUACAUAUAUAAUAUAUCCAAUGAAAAUAAAUUCAAGUCAGAAUACUCGAAAUAUUUUAUCCUGUCAUUUUUAUCGUACUUUGAAAACGCUUUUUUCUCGCUUAAUAUUUUUCGACCAACUGAUUUCCCUCGAUAAUACGCGAUCAUAUGGGAAAAAAUAAAAUAAAAUCGAAAUUACUCGAACGACUUAAUUAAAUUAGAAUUAAUUGUCUAUUAACUAAAAAUUAGUAGGGAUUACAAUACUACUAAUAAGUUUAUUUUUUUCAAAUGCAAGACUUCAAUUUGUUGAAUGAUGUUGUAAAAUAAAUUAUAUUAAAACGCACAAACACAUUGUGUCCGCGCGGUCUGUUAUCCAUCUAAAAUAGAGUUAUUUAUGUUUCUAAUAUGACAUAAUAAUAGUGAUGAUUGGUUACCGAUGAACGUAUUUUUUUUUUUAUGAUAACUACUAAAAUGUAUCAUUUUUUUUUCGUUUCGGUGUCCUAUUAUAUAAUAAUAUCAUCGUCGUUUACACUGCAAACAUAAUAUAAUUUUGGACAAUACAAAUAUUGAACACUGGUUUACUGAAAAAUUGUCAACUUUUAUUGUACAUUUAUUUUGUUUUUAAAUAAGUUUCUUUUUAACCAUGAAUAAUAUAAUAUUAUAGCCGUGCAUUAUUUACAUCGAACAUAAUAUAAAACCACCCGGGAAACCGUAUUAUCUUUUCGUUAAACAUAAGAAAUUGACCAAUGAUUAAUUAAUUAUCCCGUUAUCUUAUCUCUAUACUUUGUAUUUUAUACUAUAAUUAGCGAAUAUAUUGAUAUUAUAUGUAUAUUUUUUUUAUUCGAAAAUAGGAAAUAUUUUUGUUUUUUUUUUUUUAUAAUAAUGUUUUAAUAUUAUAUUGGUCGCUUGAGGUUCGAAUAGGUAUAGAGGUUAUUAGGCACAUACUCAAUAUAUUGAAGCGUUCGGCGCGCGAUAAACAAACAAAAAUAUUAACUAAUUAACUAAAUUAUAUAGUAACGCUGAUAUCAGACCCAAUGUUAAGUCAUCGAUAUUAUAGGCAUAGGAUUAAGAUAAUAUUAUGAAUGGAAAAAAAAUAUCAUUAAAUCAUUAUUGACAAAUAAUAUGAAGUACCUAUAGUUAGGUAGAGGUAAUUCGAAUUCAAAUACAAUGUCAUAACAAUAAUACCGUAAUAAAGACGGUUGUACCGAAUGAUAUAGGGCUUAUAAUAAUAAUAAUUAAAAUAAUUGUAAUUUUUCCCUCUGUUGUUACCCUAACAUUUUUCGAAAUAUAUUUUUAAGCGCGUCGUCAGGGUCCUGUUUAGAUUAUUAUAUAGAAUAAUAACAGAUAAAUGUACAAGUAUCUACCCCCCUCCCCACUGGUAUUAAGUAUGAAAAACAACGUAUAAUAACUUUUAGUAUUAAGAAUAAUGGAAAUAUCAUUAUAGGCGUGUUCUAAAUAAUUAUUAUUAUUGUCAACGCGGUGUAUAUAAUAAUGUCAGCGAUCUUUAAAUAAAGCAAAGUGUUGACCCCAAAUUUUACUGUAAUAAAUUUAUCGCGUUGUUCUCGUCCACCAGAUUCUAUUUCUGUGUUGCCCGCCAUGCGGUAUGCUUUGUCCCGGACAUCGUCGCCACCGCAAGUUUCAAAACCCUGCGCGUCAUCAAAAGCCGUUUUUUUUUUUGCAAACGGAUUACGUGGUAAUAUUAUUAUUAACGGUUAAACAACAGAUGAUAGGUUAAGACUUUUUUCUUUCAAUUUUACUACGCAAAAAUGCGAUUAAUUAUAAAUUAAAAAAACCAAUUCAUAUAGAUACUUCGGAUUAUCUGAACCUGCGAGUUCUCCUCUUUUCGUACGAGGUAAAUAAAGACGAAUAUGCUUUUCCUUAAUUCGUAUUAGAAUCUUUUUUUUUUUUUAAUUGCGGUUUUAAACUUGACAUAUUACAAACUGUAAUAUUAUUGUAGAUACUAACACAAAGCGAUUAUCAUUAUAUACCUAUUACGAUUACGUUUUGCCGUAUUGUGUAUUUGGUGCUUUGAAUAUUUUACGUUGGUUAUUUUAGUCUCACGAUUAGAUUAUGAUAAUAAUGCACUUUUCUAAAACACAAAUAGACACGGGAAAUUUUAAUUUCAUAACUUUUAUUUUCACAAUCAAACAUAAUAUGCAAGUUUAUAAAUGAUUAUUAUUUUAUCAACGCGGAUUUUCUAAUCGAUUCAAUUUAAGAACUUUAUAUUUAAUAAUGAAUCCUUGUGAUGAUGGCUUAAAAACGUUUGGUAGAAGGGUAACGUAUAAGAUAAUAAAAUAAUUAUUCUACCAUCGGAGGCUGGGGACUAUCCGUUUAAUUUUUGGAUUUUUAUAUUUAAAUAAUAUUAAAAUUUACACCAUCUGUUCAUCCAUUUUCUAAUCACGUUUCUACAUAGGUACAUAAUGUAUGUAAUCCUCCCCAAAAUUACUCACAUUACUAAAAGAACAAUAAUUAUAACAUUACACGCCUUGUUUAUUUUGUGAGCUAACAUUUGGAGAGGAAUCUUCUUGAUUUGUUGUUUUACAUUAACCUAUAAAUGGACUAAAAUUAUUGUUAAUGAAAAUGUUUAUUGUAUAAAUGUUCGGAAAUUUAAACUAUAUCAUUAAAUAUAAAUAUAGGAGCAUUUUAGAUUAUGGGUAUAUUUUGUGUAUAUUCGGAUGAAAUGUGAUUUUAAUAUUAAACAAUUAUUAGUAAAUAAUCAAACCAUUUUUAUUCUGUGAGGCUGGGUUUUUUUUUUCUACAUAUCUGUGUGCUCUAUUAUUUUUCGUUGCCAUUUAUUUAUGAAUUUGUAUCCAAUAAAAGUUUUUCCGAUCUCUUAUUUCUUUUGAGCACGAGUUUUCGUAUUACAAAUAAAAAAAAAAUUUUAUUUGAUUAAAAUUUGAGUUCCAUAUUGAAAUACCUUGACAUCAGCGGUGAAUCCGGAAAUUUUUUAGAGGGAGGGCACAUUAUUUAUAUUUUCAGUAAAUUAAUUGUAUACUAUAUAUUAAAUUAAUAUAAAAUGUAUAAAUAAAAACUGUACUGCAUUGAUAAGGGGGGGACGUGCCUCUGUUCCCUUCCCCUGGUCCGCCGCUGCUGGAUAUCAUAUUAUUAUAGAACAAACAGUAGGUAUCUAAUAAAUAACAUAAUUUCCAUUUUCAAAAUAUUGUUUGAACCGCUUUUAACUAAAUCGUUAUGCAAAUACAAAUACAAAAACAAUUAAAAUCCAUAUCGUUCGCAUAACUCAUGUUUCCCAUUAACCUGAUUUUUAGUACUAUUAAUAUAAAUAUUACCUACAUUAUUGUUAAGGAUUAUCGUCACUAUGAAUUAUACUUAUUUAUACAAUUAUUAUAAUAUUAUUGUGUUUAAACUACCUACCUAUUAAAAUACUUGAAAAUGUGUGCAAAUAGACAGCGUGUAUCUCGUGUAAUGAAUUUAAAUAUAAUUAAUUAUUGUGCCUACUACUAUGUGUUACAAACUAUUGACGAUUUAUGACUUAUUGUGAUGUAAUUAUAAUAACUGUGUGUUUUUUUUUAUUUAUAUAAUAUUUUGCGGCAUUAGGUACCUUUCUAUUGUUUCCAACAUAUUAUAAUUUAUGUAGUAUACAAAUUCAAUAGCUUAAAAAUAAAACAUCAAAAAAACGGGAAAAUAUAAGAAAUGUAGAUAUUAGUUAAAAUAUAUUACAGCCUUCAUUUUUUCUGUGCACAACUUUUCUUUCAGCAAUUUUGCUCCAACUUAUAAUGAUAGGAAUGUUUAUAAAAGGAAAUUUCACUAGGGAGGUACAUUAAAGAGGUAAGUUUUUGAUUUUCCCAAGGGUUUUUCUAACAAAUGUGAAAAACCGGGAUAAAACACGGGAAAAACGCAGGAAAACUUGAAAAAUCGGUACAACAUUAAACAAAUAAUAUUAAAGAAAAUAGAUAUAGCCUAUUUAAUUAUUUUACUAUAUAUAUUGUUGACAAUGCAUCACUAUCAACUGAAUACCGCUCAAAAUCGUUUUUUUCGUAAGCAAUGGUUUAUCAUUACUAAUUACAGGUUUAUAUUCAAUUUUCUAUAUUAGUGGUUGCACUCUUCCUUAUUUCCUAUCCUAGGAUGUUUUUUUUUCUUUUAUCUGUUUAUUAUUCAAUGUUCAUUAAUGUAUCUUAACUAUUUACCACCUCUGUAUAUUGCCGUAUUGGCGUUUAGUUAAAAAAAAAGUUAAAAUAUGUAUAUAUAGGGAUAUUAUUAGUAUUGCAUUUUUGCACAAUACUUUACGGAUUAUUUUAUGGGAGGUUGUUUUUUAAAGAAUAGAAUAGUUUUUUAAUAGUUAUAACUGGAAUUUCGUAUUGUAUAAUACAAGCGAUAUUUUCUGAGAAUUGGAGUAUGUAAUUAUUAAAUAUUAACUUAUUGAUUAUUAUUUUAAUACGUUCAUUAUCAAUAUAUAGUAAUAAAUAUUUUGAUUUCAUAAGCAAAACGCGAUUACGAAAAAAAAAAAACGUUUAAUUUUAUUUUGAGAAUUCUUAACGUACAUUUUGUAAUACAGCGCGAUUAUUUUAACGCGAAAAAUUCGUCUUCUUGAAAAGUAUUGGUUCUUGUUAACAUUUUAUUUUUGGAAAAUUUAGGAUUUUCUACGCAAGUCUCAAAUUUCACAUUAAUAUUAUUUUAUUCAUCCUUAAUCCAUAUGUAUGACGAUGAAUCUACUACCGAUUUUCGAUUUGAUGAAAAUCACCCUGUAUACAUCACAUGGACAACGUAUCAUGAUAGCCAAUGAUUAAGUGUUGUUCAUAUGCCAGAACUUCCCGUUUUCUAAUUUUUCAACUUAUUUCGAGUAAAGCAAAUAAGUAAUAUGUACUUCAAAUCUUUUAUUGAACAAAACGAAUAUUAUUAUGACGUUCAAAAUGAAUUUAACACUAUUAUAAUAUUGUGACACAAAAUGAACGAAGUGACACUAAUUAACAAGAUUUUUAAUUAACUUCAAUAUUUAUUUGUUUUGUUUCUAUGUGCACACGGAUUGUUAAAUUCGCGGGUUUACUCGUCUUAAGUCAAAGGCGGUCAAACGAACUUUUUCCAAGGCUUCUUUCUGUUCAUAAAAAUAUUAAGACAUAUAAUAUAUAAGUAUAACAUUCUGAAUAGUUUUACGAGUUAAGAAUAGAUCGGUAGGCCGGAUGAUAAUAGUUUAUGACCGGUCUUUAUAGUCUUUAGCUAAUAGUUGACGGUCGGUAGUUUGGCCGCCACUAUCUUAGGUUAAUGACUCGUGGUUUCUUGGUCAUUGGAUACGGUGGACAUUUUACUUACUAACCCACACUGUUAAUCGUUUUUAAUGUAAAUUGAUAGUAGUUAUAACUUAAAAUAAAAGACAAUCUUUCGUGACAUAUGUCUCUCUAUAUAUUUACAUACAACUUACGUUCAAACACUUCGGUUCGUUGUUGUAAUAAAACAGUUUCUAACGACUUAAUCUUUUAAUUUUAAACAGAAACAAAUUGAUUGUAUUGAUUUUGUACAAUGAUAUUUACUAUUUCGUUUUGUUUUGUCUGAAGACGUUUUUCGAGUGGGUAAUAGAUCGUUAAAUACUGAUUUUAUUUUGUUGUACUAUAAAAAAAAAAAAACCAACCGGAAUUUUUUUUAUCGUGGGGCAGUAUUUUGUUAUUAUUAAAAUGAAAAUUCUUUGUAAGCACAAAAAACAAUAAUAUAACAUAUUGUAAUCAUGUGUAUAUAGCAUGUGGUUAACCGAUAAAAUAUUUGAAAACGGAACGUUCAUUUGACGAUAGUAAGUCGUAUAAUUGGCUGUGUAUUCCCGACAAUUUCUAAUUAAUCCGUGAAAUCUAAUGAAGUUUAUUACAGACGUAUUUUUGCAUUUUGCGCAACGCAAACUGUUUUAUUUGACGAUCGGCCGAUGAUUUCGGUUCCUAUGUCGUUCCGAACGGAAUUAUGUGAAAUAUAUAUCAGGGACACAAUCGAUAACACAUAAUUUAUUUAAACUUUCGUUAUUUAAACGAAGAUACAGGUAGAUUUUAAUGGGUCAAAAGACAAAAAUAAUAAUAAUACCAUCUGCACAUUUUCUUUCAAAUAACUAUAGACAAAUUAAAAAAUGUUGGUAUGAACUAUUUAUUAUUUAAUAUAAUAUGUUAAACAUCACGGUUAUAUUAUACUUUUGUAUGUUAAAAAUAUGAAAUUUAUACUUCUAGAUUCUAAAAGCAUAUUUUAUACUUUUAUGUUGGUGUACUGUGUUCAAUUUUAAAAUCGACAAAGAAGAGUUACGAAUUUUUGAAAUUGUUUUAUACUUCUAUAAUAUACGAGUAUUUAUACACUGUCAAUAAUAUAAUAUGGAAUUGGUAUGGUAUAUUAAUUAAAUCAUUUCCGUAAUAUUUUAAAUUUUACGAAUACCAAGGAGCAACAAAAAUAUGUACAAAAUCGACAGUUCGGUGAUAGCAGGUAUUUUAAAAAAUUACAACAAAAUAUAAUUUUAAAGAUAAAGCACGCCUGUGUUCUUCCUCCAUCUCUUAUGAAUUGUGACCUAUAUUUCGUAAGUCAUGUUUACAAUAUGUAUAUAUAUAUUUACACAUUUUUAUUUUUAAAAUACGCGCAAUUAGGUAUUUUUUUUUGUAUUUACAUGUAUAAAAUUAGUUUUAUUUAUAAAUCGUGUAUAUUCAUAAUACACACACAUAUAUAUAUAUAGAUGUAUACACAAUUUUAUUAUACUAUUAUUAUACUCGUAUUUAUUUAAUUUUGCUUUUUUAAUUAAUAAUUUAAUAAUAAUAAUAACAAUUUUAAUUUUAAAUCUCAAGUUGUAAAAGAAAACACCCGAUACUGGCGGGUCUCUGUUACUAAUCAAAUUUCCUCCCUCCCUCAUUCUAUUUCAUAUUAUGGAAAUAUUUCUAUAUAAUUAUAACUGCCAACAAAAAUUAAAAAAUAUAGAUUGCUAAUUUGCUCCAUUUGCUAAUUUAUCUAUGUCAUUAAUGAUCUAUUCACAUCUAAUGCACCCCCAAUUUUUUUUUUUUUGAUAAAACUGUUCCCUUGUAGGUCAGAAUAAACCCCUGAGGAUGUAUAUAGACCCCCUUUGGGAACCUCUGCUCUAGGGAUCUGUCAGAGUGUCCUAAAUACCAAAAUCGAUGGAAAGAUUGUAUUAUUAACAAAUAUACAGACACAAUACAGUACGCAUAAUUAUAACAAGUCACAUAUUUUGUAAUUUUGAUGAAAACAGACUUAGAUUUUUUUUAUUAACGUUUAAUAAUAAAAAUGUAUAAUUAAACGUUUAUUUUUGCUAAAUGGUGCCUGGAAUUUGGACGGUUAUUUGUCAACUCCGCUUUAACGGUUAAAAUCAUAAGCAUGGUUUUAAGCAUGGUUGCAAAUUAAAAUAAAUAUAGUUUUAUUUACUAAAGAUUGAUAGGAACUAAGAAACCGAGAAUUUUCGUUGUAAUUUUAUAUUAUUUAAAUUUACAAACUAAACUAUUGUUAUUUGCUUCGUUUACUCGUAAAAUAUAAUAAUACAUCAUCGUCCUUGUAGUACCGGGCAUUAACCUAGUUGAUGACAGAUUUUUUUUCGCGUGUUCAUUUUGUAGUAUUAUUUAUUAAUUUAUUAUUACCUAUCACGAAUGAUGAAAAUUAUUUUUUUUUUUCGUAUGAAUAUUCUCAAAUAAUUCAUUUUUUCAAAUUAAUAAUGUUCAUUGGGGUAACCGUACAAGUAUAAUAAAAUGUACUCAGGAUAAAUAUUAUGUUGUAUUAUACUGUAUACAAUGUAAAUUUAGUUAUUCUUUAUAGUUUUAUACCUAUCCUAUUUUGCGUUUAAUUAAAAGUAAAAAUAGUUAAUGGGUCUGUAAAUAUUAUUGCCGGUUAUCUAUAAUCCCUAGAAUUAGUUAGUAAUUCAUUAUUGUGAAUGAAAAUAAUUAUGUUAAGAUAAAAUAAGAAUAAAAUAAGAAUCUAUAGAACAAUACAUUUGAAUGAUAUUCUCAACUUGUUAAACCAUAUUACGAUAUUAUUUUUAAACCAGUCAAUGUAUUAUUUUAUUUUAUUUGUUUGCCGUUCUACAUACAUACAAAAUAGUAUGUUGAAAAUACUUUUUUGAAAAUAUUACUUUUUGGUUUUUAAAAUUAUUAUUUUUAACAGUGUUGGUUCCAACAUAUAAAUAAUGUUGUAAAUAAAGGUUUUUAUAGGUAUUCUAUAAUAUUAUUCUUUACUAUAUUUAAGAGUUAUGAUUGUUUUACUAACAUAUACUAACAAAUACUAAUACAUAUUCUUUUACCCUUAUAUUCCAUUUAUUUAUCUUUAAAUUCUUAAAUGCAUUAGAUUUUUUUUAUUGUUUUAUCAUAGCGCUUUCGAAUUAAUUAGAGAAAAACUAUUUGUUUAUGUCAUUUCCUCUAUCCAACUCGCUCCUUUAUUCUCCAGAUAAUAUUCUAGUACUUUUCGGUCUACUGAUGCAUCUUUAUUCAAAUCUCAACAUUUUUUAUUAUCAUUGGCGAUUUUGGAGCCGAGCUGUUUUUAUAUAAUGUUAAAUCAUUAUAUUUGCUUACUCUUGUAACGUUUUGUGCCUAUUAUAGGCAUUUUCCAAAUCAUUCCCUCUCCCCGUUAUCUUUUUCUGGUUUAUCUCUGUUUGUAAUGUUAUUUCAAUAUUCUUUAUACGUUAUUCCUUAUUUUACUCUAUUAGGACUUAUAAUAAUAUGCUGUCGCGUCUACACGUAUUUUUAAUAAUACUCAUGAACCGUGGAUAGUUUGAUAAAAUGAGGGCGGAAAUGCAUUAUGUAAAUGUUCGAAUUUGACCAUAAAUUAUUAAAAAUCAAACACUGUUGUCAUGCCAAGUCGUCCAAACGCUAUCCAUCCAGACAUUUUAUUAUGAGUAUUAUGUUGGUGUAAUAUAAUCGUAUCUAAUCUUUUUCCGUUGCCUUUACCCCACGCAAGUGUAGGGUCAGCUACUAUUUAUCUUAUUCUCGAUAUUCACAUCUCCCUAUCUAUCGCCGUGUCAUUACUUUAUUGUACAUAAUUAUUUAUUAUUCAGCUUAUCGAUUCGACAUUAUGAUUUCGUGUAUUAACUUAAAUAAUUUCAUCAAUUUUAUAGGUUCCCUAUUGAUUUAUUAUUAUUUAAUGCGUAACAGCUUCACUCCAUAUACACUGUGCCGUAGCGUUAAUUUAUUCCGUUCAUUUUUUAAUUGACUGAUAAUAAAACACAAUGUACGAGAAUCGUCUAUAUAUUAAUUUUAUAUUGUUAGUAUAAAAGAAAUAUGGGAUUUCAAAAAAAAAAAAAAAAAAAAAAAAAAAAAAAAAAAAAAAAACCCGAUUUAUUGUAACUCGUUUAUCGAUGCAAAUUUGUUCUCUAUUUUUUUCAUCGUCUUGCGCACGUUUAUAAAUAUAAUAUGUUUUCUUUCACUUGGUUCGUUUUAUUUUAUUUCUUUUUUUACGUCCCGUUCCGAGUUGAUGAAAAAAAGUACGAUUCUUUUUAUAAAUGAAUAAUUUUCACAACGAGAAGACAAGGGAUUGUAUAUGCAUUUUUGAAAGUGAGUGAGAGAGAAAGACGGAGGAUUAUUAUCAGAGAGACACUCGGUUAUAAAUAGGUGCGUUUAUAUUUGGCUUGAUGCAGCUUUCUUUGUCAGACAAGCCACGUGACCUUGUGCUGGUCCGCUAUUUAUAAUCCUGAACAUUGGGCUGCCGCCCGAUGAUUGGCUUCGCGCCAUUGCUAACAGAAUCAUAACCUGAGGGCAUUUGUUAGUAUUAUUAUUGUUAUUAUUAUUAUCAUCACCGAAGGAUAUUUUUUCUCAUAUUGUGUUCUUUUUUUGAUGUGUAUGUUACGGUAUUUUGAAACAUUUGGCUCGAAAAUAUAUAGAUUUUUUAAAGUAAUUGGUAUGUAUAUAAAAAAACCCACAAUUUUAUUUUAUUUUUUAUAUAAUAUUAAGUAUCUAUGCAAUUUUAGACAACUAAGUAAAAGUAUUGAUUUUUUUUUUAAACUAAAUUUUUAUCAAAUAUAUUAAACAAAUUACGGUUUGUUAAUGAGUUUUAGGAUGUUGAGAUAUAUUAUAAUAACUUAAGCUAAAGUAAAUAUAAUUGUAUUUUAGUUCAAAUGACAGUGAAAAAUGAAUUGUAUGUAUUAUAAUAUUAUCUUAGAAAUUAAAAACUAUUUUUUUUCAAAUAAAAUAAUGCCAUAUUAUAUUAUUAUAAAUAUAAGACUCGUAUUAUCGUAAAUUGUGCCUAAGUUAUUAAAUGUAAGAUUAUAUCUUUGGUUUCAGGAAAUAAGGACCGAAGUAAAUUUUGUAUGUUUUUCAAUACAAGCAAAUUAAAUUUUGAAAAUGCAAACACUUAUGCGUAAACUAAUAUACUAAACACACUAAUAUUGAAAAUACAUGGAGUUAUGCAAUAACUAGAAAAUUAAAGUAAAUAAAUUACCUACAUUAAGAAAAAAAUAUUUAAAAAAAAAAAAUACCAAAAAUGACUUAAUUUCUUCUUCUGUGAUACCAAAGAUAUAUUGGUUAUAUUGUACAGGGCGUAACACAAAUAUCUGAUACCUAAAAUAAUUUAUUUUAUUCAAAAUGUAUAUAAUGUUUUUUUUUAAAAGAGAACUUAAAAUAAACAAUGUAUACUUUUUAGGUAUGGUUAUUUAUUUUCUAGGAUUUGUUGAACUUACUAAUAUUACCCUAUUAUUUGUACUUUAAAUUGAUUAUUUUAAGUUUGCCAUUUAAAAAAACUUAAUAGUCUUUUAACUAUAGCGCAGAUGCAUAUUAAUUAUUAUAAUUAAAAAAAAUAAUAAUAAAAUUAAUAGAAAAAAUGUUAUUCAAGUAUCAUUUGUUCAUGUUAUACUCAGUAUAUUAUAAUGUUUUUAGUAGCUAACGCAUUAAUUUAAACAAAAUACUUCUUGUCGCCUAAUUAUACAAAUCUUUAGAGUAGAAAGAGCCAAUAUAGAGUUGAAACUGUUAAGUUUAUGGAAAUAACUGUUUCAUUAUUUUCGAUUCUUUUUUUUUUUUUUGUUAUAAUUCGAUUAAUAAUAUUUAUAGAGAUCUGAAAUUUCCACAGAAUACCUUUAUUACCUUUUUUCUAGACAAAGUAAAAUGUUUAAAUUACUUAUAACUUUAAAAUAUUUAAGUUCUUUUAAUUUUAAUUUAGUUUUAGGUGGAUAAAAUAGUUUGGUCGAAAAGUAAUGCUUAAAAAUUAAACACAAUGUUUAUUCUAAGUUAUUUAUGAAAAUAUAUAUACAGUGUAAUUAACUAAACGUGCCCACCUCAUUUUUUUGCUUAAAUUUUGCAUAUAUUUGAAUAUAUGCAAAAUUUCAAAUAUCAGAGUUUGAAUUCUGAUUUUUUGAAAUUUUUAAGUGUAGUUGAAGACGAUAUUUUCAAUUAUUUAGAUAUUUCACUAAAUUUAAGAGGAGAGUAAUGGAGUAACAUUUAUGUGACGGCACGGUACGUGGAGUAGUAGUACUUCACUAUUCUUUUCUUUCCAAAACUUAAGAGUCGAAUAUUUCGUCAACGGUUUGGCGGAAAUUAAAAAUUCUAACACCAAAAUUUAUCUAAAGUAAUACUACAUCUAUUUAUGGACUUUUUAAUAUAGUUUCUCAUUUAAAGAGCCUAAGUUAUAGUGUCACCACAGGAUAUUCCAUAAAUGUGAAAAAUCUAAAUAAUUGCAAAUGUCAUCUUCAGUUACACUUAAAAUUUCCAAAAAUCAGAAUUUGAUUAUAUGCAACAUUAAACAAAAAUAUGAGUUUAGCACGCUUAGUGAAUCACUCUGUAUAUAUUAAGCGAAUUGUGUUUUUAUUUUUUUUUAUCAACAUUCUAAAUUAAAAUUUUGACGAAAAUCAUAAUAAUUAUGGUAUUUCUAAACAUGUUUAACCGAAUUCAGCAACUUAUUUUGUCAACAAUGAUUUAUUGUUUCGUAUAGGUAUAAAUUAAAUUAUUUUAUUCCCACCUAUAAUAGUGAUACAACCAUAAGCAGUAUCAGCUAUUUUUUUUUUUUAAUAGGUAUAUAGACUAGGUAUUGUUAUUUAUAUUCAAUUAAGUGUAUCGAAUUAGUAAUAAUUGGAUUUAAAAAUAUAUCAAAAAUAACUAUGGCAUUUGGCCAGAUACUAUUUACGUUGUUAAAGAAUAAUCCAAAAUCGUCCGUGUCAAAAAGCAAUCUUUUAAAACAUUAUUUUUCUCGUGUGUCGGUCAAUAUAAUUUAUAUAUUGAAAUUUUAUUUCUAUUGUUUGUUACUCUAUUAUAUGGUCUAGUGCCUAAUUUAAUUUAACUUAUCAAUUAUAUUUCAGUCAUAGAACGAUUUGGUAUGAGAUAAUAUGUACUAUAUUACAAUUUAUUAUAAUAAUAGUGAAAAAAAAAUAUCUUGAAUGAAAUAGAAUAUGAUUAACAACUUCAAGAAUAUGGCUAGUUUUCCUUCUUCCGCCUACGAUAACAUUUAUUUUUAUAAAAUAAAUUAUUUUUGGAUGUAUAUUAGUGUAGACUAUUAUUAAAAAAUAUAUAUAUUUAUAUAUCACGAAAAAAUUGCGUCAAACUGUCGUCAUUUUAAUUUUUUUUUUCCGUUACUUUUCUUCGUAUUUUUUAAUUCAGAUUAUAAUCGAAAAAAAUAGCGCAGUAGGUUUGGAUUGUAAAGACGUGAUUAAUUAAUAAUAUGUUUGGCCGUCUUUUAUAAUCCUAGAUCAAGUUUUCAUAUAAUUAUUAUAUGAAAAAUAAUUUAUUGUUACAAUUUAAAAAUUUCAAUAUUCCAAUACAAUUGUUUUGUAAACUUUAGGUAUUUAGUGGAUGUGGGGAACUGGGAAAAAAUGUAUAUAUAUGUAUUAUUUUUUAUAAUAUUAGAUAUAACAAUAUUUAUUAAAUUGUGUAUUCUUCUUUUUUUCCACUUCAAAUAUCCAUGUUUAUAAAGGAUAAAUAUUGGAAUGCUUUAUUAAGAAAACAAUUCAUUCUUGGCAUUCUUUUUUGUGAUUACUUUUCUGUGCUCAAAGAAUGUAAUAUAAAUUAUAAUAAAUAUAAUAUUUAAAAUUGUUUUUCAAAGAAUUCUUCCGUUAACUAUUUUAGAUUUUAAGUGAAGCGAGGAAAAUAUUGGUUUUGCUAUAUUGUUUUUAAAUUGUCUCUAAACCAUUUUUAUAUAAGAAAUUUUGCUCCAAUUAAAUUUUCAAGUAUCAUUUUUUAUUUAUUUAGUAUCUUGGGAAAGUCAUUUUUGAUUUUCCUUGUAGUAGUUUUAGAAAAUAGGAAAAAUUGAAAAUUUGUGAUAUCAUUUGUGUUGAUUUCUGGGUUAACUUUGUUAACAAGAGAUAAAAUACGACUAAUAAUACUCCGCUCAUAAUCGUUUUUCGUUAGAUAUUUUGUAAUAUUUUGUCGUUGUGUAUAGAUGCAAAUUUAAUUACUCUAUAUAAUAUUCUCCAUUCUUACUUUUCUCCUGAAACAGUGAAACACCCAUAAGCUGUAUUGGCUUUUUUUCCGCAAUUAUUAGUGUUUUCCGUACUAAUAUUGAGAAUAUUAUUAUGUUGACGUACAGACUCCCAAAUUAUUUAUAUGGAUUUAAUAUUAUAAAAUAUAAGUAGCUAUUUGAAUGUAAAUUGUACAUUAUAAUAUAACCAAUAUUAUUGGUGAUAUUAUCAUUUCAGGUUAUAUUUUUAGUAAUUAUAAUGCUGAAUGCCCAUUGUAGUUUUACCGACCCCCUUCCCUCUUUUUAACCAUCUUCGUAAUAGUUUCUUAUAACAGUUGUAACAUAUUUCGAAUAUAUUAUUACGUAUAUCUACACAAUGUCCUGACAGUAAUUGUAAGUAAUUUAAUAUAAUGUUUGUUACCUAUACAUAUUGACAAUAAUAAUUAUGGUGAUUUAAAUGUAUUACUAUUUUAGUUGUAGACAAUAAUAAUGAUUAUUGUUUUACACAAAUAUUAUAUUGUAUCUACCUAUUGGAUAUUAUUAUGUUGUAUAUAAUACUAUGGUGACGUGAAGGGGAAUAUUACGAAAAUUGUUUAGUUUUUCUAAUUGGUAUUUAUUUUAACUGGUAUACUCAAAAUAAUAUUGUAAUUUUUCUCUAAUUUAUCAAUUACGAAAAUAUUUAGUUUGGUGCGUUGUAGUGUAAAAUUGCACACAAAUAUUAUAUUAAUUUUACUUUCUUUGUCGUGUAGAAAUUCAAUUAUUAAUUUUCGAGUUAAAUUUAAUAUUCCAAGAAAGUAAAUUCGUGGAAAUUUAUACUGCCGUCGUUUCGUAACGAAAAUUAAUAUGUAUUCGUAACAAUAAUAAUUAUGUUACAAUAUUUUUUGCUAACCUCUUUUAUGGGGUCACACGAUAUUACUCGUAUAAUUAUGAGUGUGAAUAAUACAUUUAAAUGUGUGGCUUAAUAAUAAUUAAAAAGAAUAUGAAUUCGAAAAUACGAAAAAUUAUGUACUUAAAAAAAUAAAAAAUGUCAUUUUCAGAACCUAUAGUGAAUAUUACAUUUUCACAUAAAAUCGCCACAUGAAAUGUUUUGCGUAAAUUUAUCGAUUGCUAAAAUUAUGAGAUUAGGGGUUAUCACUCUCUCCGCUCUUAAGAGGAGGACGCAUGUGCUGUCUCAGUCCAACUAACGAGCAAUAUAGCAAAAUCAACCUUUCACAGACUGCGUAGAACACGCUUAUAAUUUUGGCUUUAGAGUAAAAUUAAUUAUUUACAAAUUAAAAGAGUACAAUAAUCCGUUUAUCCUAUUAUUCUAAUUAUUAUUCCGAAAAUAACGUUCAAUACAUCGUUUUGAAAUAAGGACUAAUUUAUCGUUUUUAAAUGACUGCAACAAAAGUUACAACAAAUGAAUUUAAAAAAAGAAACGCAUCGUCUUGCAUCCCGGAAUAAUGUCGUCUUUUAAUUUUAUAAUUGAUGCUUUUACUCUAAAAUCAAAAUUAAACGAGUUCAAAGCAGUCUGCGUAAGGAAGAUUUUACUUUAUUGUCGGUUAGUUGGAUAACAGUACGUCAUAAGGGUAUUAUGUUUUCUUAAUCUAAAAAAUUAAAAGAUAGUAAGUAGGUUAUAUAUUUUCGUUUGUUUUUAUUGUUUCCAUUAAUUCUUGCUUGUGGUUCAAAAUGCUAGCAAAUUGUUUUAUUUUGUUUUUUGCAUUUCACAUACGAUUUCAACCAAUUUUUUUCAAUAUUAGUACAUUUUACCAUAUAGUGAUAACAUAAGUAAUUAAUAUUAAUUUUAAUUACUAUCCAAAAAUCAUAAUUUUUAUCGGUCGAACAAUAAAAACCGUAUUGUAGAAAGAUUAUUAUAUUUAAGAAUUACAGUUUUUGAAUGUUCUUUGCAAUUCCGAGGGAACUUGUUUUUUUUUCUGGUCUAGUAAGUUUUUAAAAUUCAAACUAUAUACAGUCUUGUUACUGCAUCGAAUCAAUCCAUUAUUUUUUUAUAUUAUAAUAAAAUAAUAAUUAUUAUCCUCAUCGUAAUAACAAUAUUCGAACCUAAAUAAGUAGGCAAUGCAAAAUAAUUACGUUUAUAUAAAGGUUAUCUUAAUUUAGUAUUAAAGGCCACGUGCAAGAUUCAGUCUCAACAUAUAUUAUAACAAUAAUAAUAAUAAUAUGUGCAUGUCCGGGCGAGUAACAUAAACAAUGAGAGCUAAUUUAGUCAAUGCAUACAAACAAUGCUUGUAUUUCUCAGUAUUCGCAUGGAAACCGUUCAAGAAAUCAAUAUAGUAGUGUGGUAGUAUUAUAAAAUUGUCUGAAAUAAAUAAUUGAAACCCCUGUUAUACAUAAAAUUCAAAAUAAUUAUUAUGUAAUGUCUCUGUAUAGACUUCGCUUUAUUAAUAUUUUAAUAAUAAUUUACUUCGUUACAUAAAGUUUUGACUUAAUCAUCCAUGGUUUCCCUCGAAACCAUUUUCAUUUUUAACAAUCAUUCAAAAUCUAUAUUUUAUAUACAGGAUAUAUCUACAGGAUUUGAAAAUUUUCUUUAUGGUACGUCAUGUAUCAGUGACGACAUGUGAGUGGAGGGGAGAUGAGAUUUAUUUCUGUGGACAAGAGAGUUUCAUUUGGCACCCACAGAAAACAGUCUGAAAUUUUAUUGUAUUGGUAACACAAUUAAUAUAAUGCAAUUUAAAUAUUAAUUAUCAUGUUACAUCAUGAAUCGCUUCAAUGUUUUAUGAAAAUAAUGACAGGAUUAUACUAAUUUUCAAUAUGAUAAAUUGAUAACCAAGUAUGAAUUAUGAAUUUCUGUAAUAGAUAUAUCUAUAACCGUGAUUACGAUAGACUCCUAAUAAAUGACUAAUAAAAUAUUGUAUAAUAUAGAAUACAGUGUAUAGUAAUAAAAUUAAUACAUAACAAACUAAUAUAAUUAUUUACUAUGCAAUUUAUAAACAGACACAGUUAUAAAUUUAAAAAAUAAUAUUAUUUCUUGUAAUACUGAAAUUAGUUUAAAUGUAUAGUACCUAUAUGUAUUGGUGUAUUGGUGAUGUCUUGAUGACAUAAUAUGGAAUUUUAAUUUGAUAAAAACUUUAUGUUCCACUAAUCUUAUAGUAUUAAUAGUAAAAUAUUAGUAAUAGAGGUAUGUGGGGGCGUAGCUCUCCAUGGGUUUGUAAAUCAUAAUAAGCUUUUGCACCCACAUGAGUUUCUACAAAGUACCGUUUAUGCAUUGUAUAUUUCAAAAACAUUGUUUUAACAGAUAUGUUGUAGACCUUGUGCUGCAGCGUUGCCGUAUUAUUUAAAAGUUUGUUAUCAUAAGUACAUAUUUGUAUAAUCUUUUUUGAUAUAAAUAAUUGUACGCUUAAAUUUAAGAAUAUUUAAAAUUGAUUACCUAUUGUAUUUCAGACUCUGAUUGAUGAGUUACGAAAGGGUGGGAAGUUCAAAGCGAUGAUGUUUGAGUAUGUGUCUGUGUGUCGGAUCUAAUCAAAAUACCUAUCGCUAAAGAGUUGAAAUUAAGAUUGAUUAAGAUAAGUUUUGGACAGGAUAAAAAAUUUAAGAUAAGAGGUUUUUUUUUUUUAAAUUUGUGUUCCGCAAAGGUAUAAUCCUUUUUAAUAAUAUAAAAUAAAAUCUAUAGCUAUUAUUGCAGUCUGUCCAAAUCAUUGUAACCAAUGAAGGCGUACAAGUAUGGUGGCUUGCAUUAUGGGACGAUAAACAGGAUAUGAAGGGUAUACACUGUGCAACGUGUAUUUUUAUAACCGAUGUUUCGCAAUAUUAUUCGCAGGCUUGUGCUUCUAAUUUAUUUAUAGGAACAUAUUAUUUUUGUACAGAAAUAAUGUCGUUCAAAAUUUAUAUGUUCGUAGAUUUGAAAAUGUACAUUUCUCAUUUUAGGACACCAUUAUUAUUAUUAUUAUUAUUAUAUCUCGCAGUUGAAAACUAUUUUAUUUUUUUUCUAAAUCUUAAUUCACUACAAGUACAUCAAAAUGUUUGUCAUAACUUUUUGAAAUACAAAUUUUCCCUCAGUUAAAUGGGUCUUAUUUUUGGCACUUGUCUGUGAGUGGGCGUUUCGUCGUCAUUAGACAUUAAAUAGCGGACGUAAACCAAAUAUUACUUAUAGCGUGUAGGUAAUAUACGUAUACGGUUAAACGAUGUUUUUCGUUCUUGACAGAUUCCCGAAAAAAAUCGGUCGUUGUGCGUUAACAACAGCUGUAUACAACAUAACGUUCGUAGAAAUCCACGGGACGAAACCCCUCACGUUUUAAUCUUAUCCCGCACAUUGAAUACUCUGCCGGCGAAUCCGAGAUUAUAUCAUUAUUAAUAAUAAUAUAUUAAAGGUACCAUAUUAUAUAGAUACGCGUUAUCGAAUUCCCGGCCGUUUCGUAUAGAGAUAUAAAUCUCUUUUAUUGUUGUAUAUUAUAAACAUAUUAUUGUUGUGUAUAUGCCGACUAGAUGAAUGCAGAUUAUAAAUAACGACUUUUAUAUAUAUAUAUUAUAUUGAUAAUAAUUUACUAUCGCUUCAUAAUAUUAUGUACUAUAGCGACGAACGGAAUAAUAGAGAUAGGUGGGCAACGCGAUUCUAAAUCGCCACAGUUAUUUUUCGAUCUUCGUGCGCGACGCCACAAUAAAUAAUAUUGUAUUAGCGCUACAUCGAACCAUUCGUAAGUGCAUCAAAUAAUAUCCUCGCCAAUACUGACGCGUUUCGGUUUCUAAACGGACGAAAUGGAAAAUUAUUUCUUGUGUUUAGGUAUGUAUGCAUUCGUAUACGCAUAAAAUAGGUACUGUUCCGAUUCAGCUGUUAAAAAAAGAAAAAAAAAAACCUUCUGUAAUUGCGCAGUGCCCCGGCCGGCCGCGUUGUGUCCGGGGUAGGUACCUACAAUUAUUGUUAUUAGAGUGUUAAGUACGGCGACGACCGCGGAUUGUGUGUUUAUGUAUGUAAACGAUAUGUUUGUUUUUGCUGAAAAUUCGUUUUUUUUCCAGCCCGUUGACAAAUUUAGUCAUUAUAUUUGCACCGAGUGUACUUGACUCGAUUACCACUAUUUGCGAUAAAUGCGAUAAAUUUGUUAUGCACGUCGAGAGUAGUCUAAAGCAAAAAAAAAAAAAAACAAAAACGUUGAGCACGGUGGUCAACGGUUUAAACGUUUUCCAUUUAAUUAUUUUAAUAAAACUAUAAAAUAAUACGCAAGCGUUUAACACUCGUAUUAUAAUACGUAAUUUUAAUAAUGUCCGUUAAUAUAUUUGAUUAACGGAUUCAUUGUCUCGUAAUUCUUUUUAAUAAAAUAAUCGCUCUGUAUAAUUAUUGCUCGUAUAAUAAUAUACAUAAUAAUCUUAAUUCUAUACUUAAGUUAAUUUAUAUUUUAUAUAUAUAUAUAUAUAUGUAUGUAUAAAUACGUUUGUGUGUUCUUUAUUAUAACUGGUCUGUUAUUCAUACGUACACGCGGAGAUAAAAAUAUUAUAAUAUACGAAAAUAUCGAUAAAUUCGUGAAAAUAUGAAAUUUCGUAUGACUCGACGGCCGAUAGGAGGAAGUAUAUAGGUAUAAUAAAUAUUGUAUAUCGUUUAAUUUGUGUUUUUGUAUUAUUCUAUUCGUUCCGAUUAUAUUAGUUUAAAAUUAAACUUGAAUUAUUAACAUAUUUUCUAUAUUAUUAUUAUUUUUUCUCGAUUAUUUUUUAUACUAUUAGCUGCUGUACUGCACAGCUUUGCCCGUGAACAAUAUUGAACAGAACACAAAUAUAUUUCACUAGAAAACAUGUUAGAAAAUCCAUUCUACGAGCGCGCUAAGUUCGCGGUUUCUGAACGUAUUUUAAACAAUAAACUAUAAUUCCGCAUAAAAUGUUCACGUUUUUAAAUUAAAAUUAUUAUUAGUUAUUCUACUUUCUACGUACUUAACCUCUUUAUAAUAUUAGUACAAGUAUAGACGUGUUAACAUACAUUUGAUACAUGUCUAAAUGUAUAAAAGCAGCAAAUAGUCAGUAGUAUUAAUAGAAAUAAUUUUUGUCUUAUUUACUUUUUAAAACGUCUUAAGAAUGUAUAAUACUUUGUAAGAAUGUAAAUAUUAUAAAUACACGAUGGUUAAUAUAUAUAUAUAUAUAUGUAUAAAUGUUUAUUUCUUUUUUGAAAAUAACAAACAUUUAUGUUUUAACAGCAACAUACAUUUUAUGAAUAUAUAUGCCAUAAAUAUACCUAUGUCUAAUCUCUAUAUAUAAAAUAAAAACCUAGCAAACAAAUCAACAAAAUCUGUAAUCAUACAGGACGGACAUGAUUGAGAUGUAAAAUUUUUUAAUUUAAAAACCUAAAUUCUUGUUUUCUCAUGACUCCUAGUUUCCAUCCAUAUUUUCAGUUAACCGUUGUUGUCCGGUUAUUAUUUUUUAAAAAUAGAAUUUUUUUUUUUCCCGUGAUAAACAAAUUAACUAAUAAUAAUAGUUUUUUCCCCGUGUCAUCAAGGUAACUGAUAAAAAUGAUUCAAUUUUCGUAUCAGAAAUACCAAAAAUCGUAAAAUCGUAAUUCAUAUGGUUAAAUUUCGGAAUCCGGUUCGAGGUACAUACGGCACGAACACAUUCAUUCGUGUACAGACCUAUGUAAAAAGUCAAACCUUUACGUGGGCAAUCAAAUUAUAAAGGUUCGAUUUAAGUUUACAUCUAAUCUUUUUCUUCCUAUUGAAAACCGUCUUCUAGCGGUGACUCUUCUUUUUAUUGUUAAAGUCAUUAUAAUAACUCUUUUAAUAAAAUUUGUGUUAUAAAUUUGGUCAAAGAUUUUUAUCAACUAUAUAAAUCGCAUCCGCACAUUGACAUUUUUCAAAAUUGUUUAGUAUAAUAUUGUUGCACAGUUUUUUAGAUUCCGAGCGUAGCGAGGGAGCUAUCGGUUUUACUAAGAUGUUAGUUUUUUUUCUUCUAGACUGUGGAUACGUUUUUUCCUAGUAUACUUGUUCUGAUUUUAACGUGUAGCAACUUUUCUGAAAGCUCAAGUUGUCUAGAUAGUACUGUAAAGUUUUAAUUUUCAACGUCAUUUUUUAAAUAAAAGCACUUAAUUGGGAAAAAACCGUAGGAAAACUUACAAUUUCACAAUUUCAUUAUUUUAUAAAAACACGGACGACGUUUUCUACCAGAAAAAAUUAUUUAAUCGAAGAAUCACAAGAUACCUUUUUUGUUUACAUUUUGUUUGCAUUUUUGAUUUACUUUCUUAUAGUAUUAUCGCCAAAACUUUCGAUCCACUUUUGAGCUUUUAAAAAAUUUUCAUUUUUGGUAGUUUUUUUGCUGUAAUUCGGUUAUAAAUAUACGUUAAGACUUGAAAGUUGGUAAUAAUAUUUAUAUUGGACUUAUCUAGGCGUGAUAAAAUUUCCAAAAUGAUCGAACGACUUUUUAUUUUUUGUAAUAAUCGUUUCGAAAUCAAAAUUAAACGAAAAAGGCAAAAAAAAAAAAAAAAAAUACGGCACUUCAAAUUAUGUAUUACUGAACUGCGCUCAGAAUCGUCUUUCGACAAGCAGUGGUUUGUCGUUAUAAAUGAAAUAACCUUAUGUAUCCUACCUUCCCAACUUCUUACCUACAACAGUAGCUGCUCCUAUUCCCAGUAUCAUCUCUCUCUUUUUUUUUUACCUACUUCUAUAAAAAGUUUUUUUUGUAUAUUCUUUGAGUGCAUUUGAAGUAUUAACACGUCUUUUUUAAAUAAUGCAUAAAGUACUAGUUAUAGACCUAUCAUUAUUAUGAUUAGAAGUUCUUAAAUAAUAAUACAGGUAGGAAUAGAUUUGGUGAAAACCAAAAUCAAGGUUUUUGGUUGAAACACGAGAGUAAAUUCGUACAUGUCGCAAAUACAAAAAUGAUAGAUACUUCCUAGGUUAGGUUAGGUUAGAUCUAAUUAGAUUUAAUUAGAUUAGAUAUAUUCUUCAAAAGUGUUAUUCAUUUUGGUUCGAUUUAAUUAUUAUUAAUCUAUUACUAGCCUACUUACGUACCUAAUUAAUAUUAACAUUGUAGCUUAAUAUACGUUAUACCUAUUUGUUAUAUAUAUAUAUGUAUAAUUACGAACAUAGACUAUAAUUACUUGAAUAAUUACAUUUCCUUAUUAGAGUAGGUAUAGCUUGUUUGAAUAAUUAUUAUUUUUAGAUAACAGAAUAAAGUAAAAUAAAAUAUUACCGUAUCUCUGCGUAGUCUUAUAUAUUAUUUAUUAAAUCUCAAAUAUAUUUUAUAGUCUUAAUUAAUUUUACUAUUCAAUGAACCUAUUAUCUAUGACCUCUGCAAGAAAUCGUAUGUAGUUGUUUCGGUUGCAGGGAAAAUAAUAAAGCAAAUACCAGUAUAAAAGCUGUUUUUAACACCUCCUUUACGGGAUAUGUAUGAAGGUAAGAUAAAUAAGUUAUUGAUUUAGACAAAAUAUGAAUAUACUCCCAACAGUCAGAAAUAGUAAUUACUACAGAUAUGUUUAAUUAUUUAUUUGAUAGAUUUUCUACAUAAAGUUUUGGGUUAUUAAACGCAUUAAACUUGUUAACCCCUUAGGGGUUUAAUUUUGAAAAACCUUCUUUAGCAGUCUCCUAAUACACUAUAUUAUAAUAAAGAACCUAUUUGUAAAAUUUAAAGUUUCUAAACACAAUAGUUUGGGCUGUGUGUUGAUAUUAUGUCAGCCAGUUAGUUUCUUCUUUUAUGUAUUUGGUACCUAUAUUGAUUAUGUAUCACAUAAGUAAAUAAACCUACACUGUAUUUGUAUAAUAUUCAUUCCCAAGUAAAUAAUAUGCGUUUAUUUGUCGGGAAAAUAGUAUUAUCCAAAUAAAUUAUACACAAAUUAUACACAUGAGAAAACUUUUAAAUGUCCAAAGGGUUAAUAUUUAUUGUUUGCAUUGAAAAAUAAAAGCGUUUCGAUAAUAAUUAGAAGUUAUAUUGCCGAUUAAUAUAAAAAAUCGAAUUUGUUUGAGCUUUAACUGUAUAUAGCUGGAAGGUAUUACCUAUAUCAAUAAAAAUACCGGUUAUUUUAAAUAUAUAAACUGAAUUAUUAAUAAUAUUGGAAACUAUAUUGCAAUAUUGAUGUUUGGAAACGAAUUAUAAAAAAAUAAUUAAUAAAUGUUUAGGUUAGGUUAAGUUAUGUAUAAGUAUAAGUGUCUGGUAACUACUAUAUACCAUAUUAUACCUACCUAUAUAGUUAAGUGCAUAUUACUAGCACUCGAAAACAAUUGUAUACAAAUCAACACACUUCAAAAACCUCUCGAUUUAAUUAUUAUUUCUAACCCUCGAUUCAUUUUUAUUAUUAUUUUAUUGAUUAUUUAAUAGUAUAAAGUAUUAAAAUAUCAAUAUCCUGGGUGCAUAAAUGUGCAUUACAUUGAACAGUUGCGCUAUUACAGCCCGUAAUAAAAAAUAAAAUGGUAUUAUAUUAUUAUAGUAUUAGCUACAGGAUAGGAUUGAUUAUAUAGGAUUUGAUAUUGUAUAUUUAUCAAACCUGACAUAUUUUAGUCAAGAGCACGAGAAAAGGCACUACACGAUUAUUGUAGGUAUAUCUCUAACCUACCUAACCUAUUGCAUUAUUUUGUAAAUUAAAUAAUUUCAAUAUUCAACUAUAUACCUAUAAUAUACAAUAUUAGAUAAUUAUAUUGUUCAAUAUUUUUCAUUUUAGUUUCGAUUACAUAUUAUGUAUUAUUAUUUUAAGUUCUAAUAUCACAAUGAGAUUAAUUUUUUUAUUUAUGUAUUUUAUAUAUACUAUGUACACAAAUUCUACCAGAAAUCUUGCUCCGAUUUUCAAGUACUACACAUUUUCUGAAAAGAAAUUUUCUCGGGAUGAUACCUUAGGAAUGCCAUUUAUUGAUUUUCCAAGCAGUUUUCAUGAUAAUUAGGAAAACCCGGAAAAUGUACGAAAGUAAUGCUUUUAUUAUUUUUCAAAUUUUUUUUUUUUUGUAAUGUAAUUAAAAACACACAGAGAUUUGAAAUUUGAACAGAAACUUUAUAUUUGUCAUUCAUAGACGCGAUUUUUUUUACAUAAUAAUUAUUCGGUGUGGAUAAAAUUGUUAAACCAAAUAGAAAUGAAAUACUUGAAAAUUUAGCAGGAAGUUCAUUAUAAGUUGUACUUAGUGGUCAAAAAAAUAAAAAAUUGAAUGUAUUGUGGAAUUUUUUUUACGAAUUUUAGUACCUUUCAAAACAUGUAUAACCGAACUCUGCCCAGAAUUGUUUUCCGUAGUAAAGAUUAAUCAUUGUGUACAGAUAUAUAUUAAAUUUACCCCUCUAUCCUUAAUACCUUUCCAACUUCUCACCUACAACAGUGCCCAUCUAUCGUGCGAAUUAUGCCCGUAUCUUCUUAUUGUUUAUACUAUAUUUAAAAUUCUCAACUUUUCAAUAAAGAAAUUAUCAACGCUCAAAUUUUAUAACGGUAACUUUGUGCCUAUAAUAAUUACUAUAAUAUACUUAGUCUUACUUUUAUUUAUUUUAUGGUCCAUCUUUUUAACUUCUAUUUUCUUAUUAUAAUAUUAUACACAUGUAUAUUGUACGUUGAUUUUGAAAUAUAAUAUUUUAAUUUAUUAUGAUAGUAUUAAAAAUAUGAUUUAUGCGAUUGAAACUUAAUGCAGGUAUUCAACUAGAUUAUAUUAUGAAAUAUGUUUUUGUUUAUCGAAUACAUUUUUACUGCAAUGUUUCGGCUAGGUACUGUAUAACUACUAUAUUAUGUGUUUCACAGUGAACCUUUAAUAUUGGAAGUUACAUAAUACAUUCUAUAUAAUACUGGUAAGUUCCUCGUGACAAGUCUGUAAAGAUUUUUCGGAAUUGUUGAAAUUAGGUAACUGCCGACGGUGAAAAUAUUAUAUUGUUUUAUUACAUAACAUAUUAUAGUGGUAUUGCGACUACGCGUUAUUUUACUAUAUUAUUAUGAUAUCGUUCACCAUCGAUUGGUUUUUCUCGGCCUUUCAGUUCGCGAUAUAUUGUUAACAAUAAUAUUAAUCUUCCCCUAUUUAAUUGUAGACGUGACCUACGUAACAUGACACAUAGAUAGGUAUGGUCACAGUAUUUCAUGUUUUCUUUCAGUAUGCACAUCUACUGUACACCCGACCUAUGUUGUAGUUCAAUGUAAAUGUUUUUUUUUUUUGUUUUAUUGAAAUAAAUCUACAAUCUAUACAUAUUCUUUGUAUAAUGAGUAGGUUUGAUAAAUGACAAAUAAGAACAGAUAACAUGAGUCUUGAAAUUAGGGAGGAUACCCAUUGGUAGCACCCUAAAAAUGUUAAUGUUAGCCAAUACGAAGUGGAAAACCACGAUAAUAGGUGAAGUGAAGAAAUAUUUAGGCGGGGUGUGCUCUGUACGUAUCAAAAAAAAAAAAAAACUGAUCAUAUCUAUCUAUUUUGUUAUGCUACGUAAUUAAUCAACGAUUACUAUUUGUAUAUAAUGUCAAAUUUAUAUUAAAAUUAUGUUCAAAAUAGAUAAAAUGAAAGAAAAACAAUCCAUCAAAGUCAUCGUAUACACUAUUAGUGUAAUAUAUAAUAUAGUAUAAUAUAGCAUAGUUAGUAUAUUAUAUUGUAUAAUCUAGAAUUAUUGUGUAGGUACUUGUGAGCGAUCAACGACUGAUAAAAUAUAAUAAUACCUACUUGCAGAUUAUUUGUUAAAUUAAUUUAAUUUCAUACUUGUACUAUAAACGAGAAUAUUAUAUUAUUUUAAAUCCAUAAAUAAUUUCUUAUUUUUAUAUUUUUUUCGAAUCUCUAUAGAAAAAUCAAGUAUUACCAGAAGUGCCGAGGUGCUAUAAAAAAAUUUUAAAAAAUGUGUAUAUUACUAUUAUUAUUAUUAUUAUUUGUUUAGAUUCUGAGUGGCGAUGAAGCUAUUAAUUUUUCAGGGAUGUGUGUGUUUACGUCUGGAUAUAACACGUAUCGAAUUUUCGAAGAUGCCGUAGUUAAUUGAACACGAUUCUUUCUUUAAAGUGGCCAUUUUUCAAGUUCUCCAGUUAUGUAACGUUAAAAAAAAAAAAUAAUAACACUCAAUAAAAACAAAAUAAUAAAAUAAAAUAAAUGUAAUUUAUCUUAUUAAGAAUUGUUGAAUGAAGUACAAAUUAAACUUCUAAACGUCACUCGGAUUUUUGAAAUGUCGAUUUUUUCGUUUUAUUUUAAUUUGAUAUUUUACAAUAUUAUAUUUUAUGUUUAAAUUUUUAAAAAAGUAUUAAACAUUUUUCAUUACAUCUAAAAAAAUAAAUAUAAUUAUACCGCGUUGUGAAUUAACCGAAUAAUAACCCAUUUUAAAUUGGGUACCAAACUAACUGGAAUAAAUAAAAGGAACGAGACCGGAUUUCAUAUAUAAUAAUUAUUACUCUAGGUCAAAUAAGAGGCCCCUUUAAGGAACCUCUUUGUAGUAGCAUCAUAAAAUAAAUUUGAAAAGUAUUUAUCAACAUUGUAUUUUUUAUACUCGUAUAUUAUAAUAACUGUGUCUAUCAUUGAGUAUUGUAAAUUAUAAUAAAAUUAGUAAUGGGCACAACCGAAUACUUAUUAUCGAUCUCUUAGAUUGUUUCUAUAGAACAAAUAGUAUAUUUAUGAGGGAAAAAAUAUUGAAAUAGUUUGUAUUCGGACAUUGGGUUUGAGAAAAAAAUAUUUGAUAGUUCAUCCAAACCAUCAAAAACUAUUGACAGUAUAAACUAAAACCCAUUCGAAAAUGCCUAUCACUAAAUAUUAUAAAUAUUAUAUUUAAUUUUGUACAUAUACAUUUAUUUAAGUAUAAUAUAUGCUAGCUUUUUAUGUCUAAAUAUAAUUGCUAAGGAAGUAAUUUUUAUUUGUUUUAAUUACUUUGUGCUAUUGCUCUUAUGACGAAGGAAAAGUGACAACAAAUUUUAUAGGAAAUAACCUAUAAAAUAACCUUAUCUGCAAUUUUCACCUAAUUAAUUUUUUCUACGCGGCAUGUUUGAACUUAAGUUUCAUCUAUAUGAAACUAAAGUUCAAACAUGCUUAUAGAUGUAUUAUUAUAAUAUACUAUUACAAUUUGGUUUUUAUAUAAUAUCUAUACACAAUAAAUAUUAUAAUCGUGUGAAGUUAAAAUAAAUCUGACUGUACGAACAUCAUGACAUCUGACUGUACAAAUAAAGUUAUGUUCGAUUAAUAUUUAGGUUAAUGAAUUCACCUACACCGUAUUAAUUUAAAGUUAAUAUCUAUAUUUUAUUAUUUGUUUUCAAUAUAUACAUUCCGAGAUUUACCCGUGUUUUCAUAUUUAAUUUUAUCUUCAUUUUUAGUAAUUAACAGUCUAUACGCAAUAUACAAGAGUUCAUUGCUGAAAUAAAUGUUGUUAAAUGCUUAUUUAAUUGCAUUCAAGUCCGUAAUAAUAUAUUAUUAAUUUAUUAAUCAAAAUUCUCAAUAAACUCUGAAUACUAUAUUUUAACAUAUUGUAUACAAUAUUGAUAAUUGAAUUGAUUCCGUUAAUAUUUUGCGUUUUUGUAUUCUUUUAGAUUAAUACAAUGUAAAAUGUAUAUAAUAGCUUUUUGUGCCAAACUCAUAAUUAUACAGAAAAAACUAUUUGUACGGAGAAACAUUCAAAUAGGUACUAUCGUUUAAGCUUUAAGAAUUUCACGUAGGCGUUAGAUGCGCAAGUAUACAAUUUUUUUGUUUUUAUAUAAAAUAUUAUAUUGGAGUUUUAACAAUGUUUUAUUACAUAAUAGUACAUUUAUUAUUAUUUUAUUUUAUUUAUUAUUUAAAAUUCGCGUAAUUUUUCUACCAUGCCCUUCUAUAUUGCCCUCCUGUCCUAUACUGUUUAUAUUUACAUUCAAUCUGUACACAGUUUCAAUUAAAACGAGGUUGUUCGUAUUAUAGUUCAAUGCACUUAUCAACAAAUAUAUGUGUUAAAUUGAUAAUAACUAAUUAUCGGGUGUGCGUAAUAUUUAUUUAUGGUCGCAGGUAAAAGUUCGAAGUUUAUCAGUCGUACUGUUGUUAUAAAAAAUCGAAUAGCUUUUGACAGCUGCCAAAAUGCGUUUCGCCUAUAUAUUAUAUUAAUAUACCCGUAUUAUAAUAAUAUAGUCGUUUAGAAAAUCGCAUUAUUUUAAAUUUAAAAUUCUACUUUUAUAGAAGAAAAAAUAAUAAUAUCCAACAUAGUUUUGGGGAAUAGUUAUUAUAAUAAUUAAUGCAUUUCGCGUUCACGCGGACUGCAGGUUAGUCGAGUUAUUGAUGACUAACCAGUCUAACUUCUUAAUGGACAUUAAAUGAUAAUAUUCUUCGUAUACCUGUAGAUACACUCGUAUUAUAAUAUGUUACGCUAGUAGUAUGCUAGUAGUGUCAGUCGGAUUUUACGACAGCAAGUGGUUUAGGCAGUUUAAUAUAAAUUCUUUUUUUGAUAUUUAAAAUGAUAACGUGUAUACAUAAAAUAUAUAUGUAUUGAAAUCUAAAACCAAGCCUAAAAUCCAGUCAUUAUUUAUUCAUCCUUACUAAUGAAAAAAAAAAGAAAAAAGUUACCUCACAAAAUAUAUUACAUUUUAGGCUUAUAGGUAUUUUUUUUUCUUAACGCUAUACCUAUUCAUUAUAUAAAAAUGUAUAUUAUUUAUCAUCUGCAGAUUAUAUUUUAUAACGGUAAAUGUUUCUUUUCUAAUAUUUCCACGAGCAUAAUAUUCGUUGCAAGAUCAACAUCGUUGUAUACAAUUAUUAUUUUGAUAUUCGGUAUACAUACUAUAUUUUCUUGAUUAUUUUGUUUUUAUCGUAUUUUGCCAAUAAUGUUUUUUAUGUCAUUAGGUACAUACUUUUUGUUUAUUUUUAUAUCGACGCGCAUUAUAUAUCUAUUUACUUUGGAAAAUAUUGAUUAUCGUUUUUUAAUUAUUUUCAAACUAUAUUAUUUUUUGUUUUUGACAGUUUCGAAACUCCUAAACGAUAUUAUUAGUACCUAUUAUUUUGAAUGCAAUAAUAUUACGAUGAUUCACAGUCGCAUUAUUCUGAAUACUGCAAUUUGAAAAAUAAUUUUAAAAGAAACGUUCUUUUCAAAAAAUAGUUGGCAAAAUAUCAUUUAAAUUUUUAACAAUUUCUCAUCUACUUACAAUGAUAAAAUAGAAUCAUGUGUAUUAUAUUUAAAAAUAAACUAUCCAGAUUAACUGUUUAUAAUUUUUAUUUUUAUUUUUAUUUUUUGUUUUUGCUUUAUAGACAACCUCAAAUCCAUUCGAAGUAUAGAAAUCAAUUCCGCGUUCACUCGACUAUCGCAAAAAACAGGUUUGUUCGCAAAAAUCGUUUACCUACCUAUAAUAAUUAUAUACAUCAAAUUUGUGUAUCCCCCUUUCGCCUAUAUGCAUGCGAAUAAGCAAAACGGCUCAUGUUUGUAAUAAUACGAUGUCCGCACGAUAGUAUACAUAUAUUCCACAUUGUAUUUUACAUUUCAUUAUAAAAAAAAAAUUAAAAAUAGGGGUAGCCCUAGGCAUCGAGUGUGUAGGUGCAGCGAUAUCGUUGUGAUUUUAAAGAAACGUGAUAAUAAUAAUAAUAAUAUUGGCACGUUAUUAUCGGUCCGACGACAGAUUGGUAUAAAAUAUGUAUAAUCAUGUAAUUUUCUUAGAUAUUAUUCGGAAAAAUCGUCGUAAAUACACAUUCAUUGUAAUAAUAUUUUGUGUAUGGUUAUGUUAUAAUGUGUAAAUAUACAUACCUACCGCGUAACACAAUAAUAUAAUAUUCUAAAAAUAACCGAAGGCCAAAUUCAUUUUGUUAUCAUUAUUAUAGGUAUAUACGCGAUUUAUACCGCGCACGGUAUAGGUUUUUAAUUUUUUUAAUCGUUCCGGAGUCAUUAUCAUGUGACACAUUGUAACAUUUUAGUAUAAUAAUGCGAUGUAGAAAUAUUCAUAUGUUUAAUAUUGUGUGUUCGUAAUAAUUAUGAUAAUUCAGUGAAGAAGUGCGUUUUCCCCAUGAACGUAUUAUAAAAGGGUCGUAAGUUGAUAUUAUUAAAUAUGCAUAUAGUCGUGUUGUAAUGCAUACAGUGUUCUUAUACACCAUUGGAUAAACGUAUAUUUUAAAAUAUUGUACUCAGUUGUGUCUUUGGUAUAUAUUUAAAGGAAUAUUUUACCUUGUGUCGUCUUUCAGUUUUCAAUUUCUCUUUUGUAAACCGUUAUAUUUUUCAGCGAUAAUAGCACAGUUUAAUCGAAAUAUGAAUGUACUAAUAAUCUUCCUCUAACAAAUACUUGUAAACUUUUUUGGAGUUUUAAAGACGUUCAUAUAAUAAUUAUGAUUAUGUAAUAUUUUAAACCAUAAGUACCUCUUAUAUAUUAUUAUGUCCAAUAUAUAGAAAUAUAACUUAUCAAAUAAUAUAUAUAUUGUUUUUUUGUUACCUACGCUUUUUUUUAAAUAAACAUAUUUGAUAUCAGUAAAUCCGUCAUUGUUAUAAUAUCACAGUAAUAAUUUUAGAUAAUAAUUAAUAUUUUUACAAAAUAUCAAUCGGUCUAUAAUACAUUUAAUAAAACUUUAUACUUAUAGGUAUGCAUUAUCAAUAUAGUUGUUAAAUACACUAGAAAUGUUUUGUAAAACUCGAUUUAAACAACUAUAGUAUUAAUUAAUAUUUUUAUUUCGCAUAUAAACUUAUUUUAAAUUAACUUACCAAAUUAUUCGGUUAUCAUAAGUUACCGGAGCCGGUACCUAGACCGAUUUAUUUAUAAUAUAUACCUCGUUAAUCAUAGACCUAUAUAAUUAUUUGAUUUUGUUAGAUUUUUGUUAUUUUUUAUUAUUUUUUUUUAAUUUAGACAUCGUUCGUUAUAAUUAUUGGUAUACGAAUGUUGGGCAUAGGUCAGAAGACUAUAAUAUAGUAAAUAAUACAAAAUGUUUUAAUGUAUAAUUUAUUUAUUUUUUUUGUAUAGGUACAUAUUUUUUUGUGUUAGAAACAUAUUAUGAAAAAGAUGAUUUUUUUUUUAAUGAUCAACUUCCUUUAAAAUAUUAUAAUUAUAGGUACACAUCGAUUACAACUUAAAUCAAUACCUAUGUAAUCUUAAUGAUUAUUUAUCAACUAUUUAAAAAAUUAAAAAGUCUUCAUAUAUUAUACUUAUAUAUUUAUAUAGGUGCAUAACGUAUUAUAAAAACCGCUGGUUUAAAUGUUUAAAUAUAAUAUCGAUUUUUAAAUUAUUUAACUAUACCAAACAAUAUGAAUUCGUUCAGAUAAUUUUUAAUGUUAUUAUUAUCUCGUAGUCAUUAAUUUUAUUUUAUAUUCUGAACGAAGAGAUGAGUUAUAUUGAUAGCUUUACAAUGAAGGAUGUGUGGUUUUUUGUUGUUUUGGUUUAACACUUUGUGUUGUAUAUAAGUUUUCUGGGUUAUAUUAUUUUUAAUUUAAGCCAAUAUUUUUGUUUUCCAUUAUUGUAUAACCUUAAAUAUCCACCUAACUACUUCUAAUAUGUAUUGUUAAAACAAAAUCGUGUAUUCCAGUUUUUCUUAUUUUUGAUAUUUUUAAAUAAUAAAAUCGUAUAUAAAAUGCAACAUAUUACAAUAUGUAUAUGGGAUACUAUUUAUACUAUUUAGUACGUGAAUAUUAUAUUUCUAACAGUAUGUUCAAAUUGCAUUUUGAAAAAUAAUUUCAGCAGUAUUUUUAUAUUUAUUAUUUAUUAUGUUAUUAUCAUUAUUUGGUUUUAUUUAUUUCGACGGUGCUUAAAAAAAAAAAACAUGCAUAUUUGUAUAUUAAAAACCUAGCCUAUCCCCCCGUUCAUUAUCGAGUAUAUAUGUUUUUUUUUUUUAUGUACACCUGUAAUAUAUUAUAAUGAUUCCUAUGCAAGCUGGAAUCGACAAUUAAAUAUUCACCUAUUCGUUCAAUAUAUCGAAUAUAUACUAAUGUUAAAAUAUCAUUGUAUAUAAUAUUAUAUAUGUACAGAUAUCAGCGUAUGGGAGUUAACAAAUAUAAAACAUAAAUUACGUCAUAACAUAAUCGACCAAUCAGCAAGCAGUAAAACACCUCGCAUUAACCCCCUUCAGAUCCAUAAUAUUAUACCGGUAAACAGCUAUAAAUUACGACCGAUAACGUUUAGGCAGCUCAUUUAAUCGCGUAUAGUCUGCAGUAGGCAUCGAGAGUAUUGUACCUAUGAAUGUUGUUAAAAUCCACGUAUCGGUGUUUAAAAUUCAAAUAUGUUUCAUUAUUUUUUAGAAAUGACUCAUGAAUCAAUGGUAAGCAGUUACAAUACCGAAGACGCUUUAAGUGACAAAUCUUUGGAAUUGGUCAGGCCUACCAAUCACGUACAGGAACCCAACACGAUACACCGUCAAAUAGUAGAGGUAAAUCAUAUUAUACCUGAAUAAAACGAUUUUACCUAAAUAGUUUAAUUUGUGUAAAACAAAAUGAGUGUAUAAGUAAUACUAGAUUUUACCCAAUUACAUUAUUACUAUUAUCAGCUAUGAAUCUUAUUUCAAUCCAAUGAAAGUUUCAUUUUUUAAUUUUCAUACUAUACAUCAAUAAAUACAUUUUUUUUUUAAAACAUAAUUAUUUAGGUAUCAAUAUAUUUUUAAUUUAUGAAAAUAAACAUAUAUAAUAUAGGAGGUACCUAUUACACUAGUUAAAAUGUCCAUAUUUGUAUUGUUUCAGUUAAGAAAGCAACAACAACUCCAACAGCAAUUUCUACUACAACAAUUUCAAGUCCAACAACAGCAGUUAGCCGAGAAACAUGAACUUCAACUCCGGCAACAUCUUAAAGUAAACCAUAUUUAAUUUAUUAUAAUGAAUUCGUUCUUAAAUUUAAAAAAAUAACCUAAUUAGAUACAUUUUUGAGUGAUUCAGAGUGGUAGAUACUAUUUAUAUGAAUAUUUUUCAACACUGGCUCAUUUUUAAACUUACGAAAAUAACGCUACGUUUUGUCGUAUUCCUAGCAUUCAGGGGCGUCAUUUGCGAGAUGCAAGGUUUUGCGAAUACAUCUCAUGCAUUUUUCUCAGCAUACUUAAAAUGUGUAAAAGUAGUUUAUUUCAUAUACCUAAUUUAUACUCUAAAAUGAUUAUUUUGUAAUUUUACAAAAAAAUGUUGUUACCACUUAUAAUUUAUAAAACAUAAAAACGGUUUUAAAUAAUAUAUAAUAUUGGUAUUAUAGUAUGGACUACCGAAAAGGAUAGUUUUGCUAAAUUAAAACGUAUUUUCAUUAGUGUACUAUAAAAUAUAUGCUUAUAUAAUAUUACAUACAUGUAUUUUAGUUUAAUAUAAUAUAAAUAAUUAAUAUUGAAAUUAAUUUGAAGUAUGUUUUUAAAUUGUAUUAUACAUUUAAAAAUAUAGAGUUAAGUAUGGAAAUUAUUGAUUUCGUGUUUAAUAUAUUACGCAAGUGGAUGUCAAGUUGAUUUUAAUUUUCAGUCGGUAUUGGUUUGGUUUUGAAUCCCAUGAAAAAAUGUAAAAUGACAUCACUGUUAACGUUAUACUUAUAACCCAUUGAAUAAAAUAAAAUAAUAUUUAUAUUAGUAUGCUUUAUCAUUACAGGGCAAUAUAUUGAUAUAUUGUAUAUUGAUACAUACAUGCAACAUUAUUUUGUUGUAAACGCCUGUAUCAAAAUAUUACCAAUGUUGCAUUCGUAUACGAAUAAUUUUCAAUAUAAUUACUAUUUUUAUUAUCAAUGGACAAAUAUCCCUCAUAGAUUAUUUAUGGACAAAUGUUCUAUGCUGUUUUGCAGGAAUUAUACGAACAGAAACGGGAACUCGAAGAAAAAGAACAACGCGAAAAGAAAGAGGUGGAAAAAAAAGAAACCAUAAAAAAAAAUAGUUCGAUUGCGUCAUCCGAAGUAAAACAAAUUUUACAGGUAAUAUUUUCAUAAAAAAAAAACCUUAGUGUGUCCUUAUUACUCAAUUAUAUAAUUUUGAACGAUUGAUGUUUUGUGGAAUAAUACUCGGCUUUUCUUUUGCAUUUCUUUCUUUUGCAUCGUCAUUUUAAUAGUAUGCGUCGUCGUGGUAAGGAGCUUAAAACUAUUGAAUACAAUGAUGUGUAUACAAACAAAAUAUAAUGCACGGGGAUAAUAAUUAUUGCUGUUAUUUAUUUGAACUUAUUAUUAUUAUUAUUGUAUUUAACGUUUAUCUCCAAUAUUUUGUUUUUGAUAUUGCAUAACUUGCUAACAAAUACCUACCCAAUAUUAUAUUGACGACGCAUUUAUUUAUAUUGUUCACGUGUUCAUUUUUGUCCUCCAUUCAUUUUACGUCUGUCUUCAUUAGCGUAGAGUAAACAUUUACCCCAAACAAAAAUGAAUUACCAUGUAAAUUAUUUAUUAAUUUUUACAAUAAUAUUAUCAUUAUCCCCCCCCCCGACCGAUUUUUUAUGUUAUUAUAUUUUUAUAUAAUAUAUUACUUAAAAUUUUUUUUUUAUUAAAAAUAAAGUAAGAAGAAUAGAUGAUAGGAUAAAUGAAUUAUAAUUUUUUUUUUUUAAAAAAAAAAGUUAUUAAUUGUAUUGAGUGAUGAGAUAAUAUGAUUGAAAUUUAUAAAAAAAAAUGUCUCACGGAUUUUCUUAUGAAAUCAAAAUAUUACAUCUCUGGGUUUUUUUUUAAAAAAUUUUUAAUCAAAUAAUUCAUUUUUAAAAAUUAUUUUAUUUCAUUUAAUAAAUAAUUUGAUUUAUAAUAAAACAAAUGUAUAAAUUGAAAUCAAUAUACUUCGGAUAAAAGUCCCACACUUUCUUAUAAAAAUCAAAUAAUUUUGAUUUUUCUAAUUUGAAUAUUCACAUAUUUUUUCUUAAUUUCGAAAAUACUGAUUAAUUUUGAAUGUAAUAUAUAAGAAUACACGUUUUUUUUUUACCGAAGAAGUUUAUGUAAAAAUAUUUAAAACCUGCGACCUCGUUAAAUGGAUCUUUUAUUAAAAUUAUUAAAAAUCUUUUAAUUAAAAUAUAUAGUAGGUAGGUACCUACCUAUACACUUUUUCUAGGCACUUCCCUCCUUAUUUUGAAAAUCAUUAAAAUUAAUCAAAAACAUAUCCAGUUUAUCCAAACUUAAGAUUUUGAUUAUUUUUUGAAUUACUUAUAUAGCAAAAAUGUGCUUAUGUAUGUUAAAAUAAUUUUUUUUUUUUUAUUAGGUAACUGUAUAUAUAUAUAUAUAUAUUUUAACUGUAAGAAAAACUCAAUAAUAAAAUUACAUAAUAUGAGUACCUACCUACAUAGUAACUUAUACCAAUAUAGAGUAGUGAAAAAUGUUAUUGCAUAAUCGAGAAUAAUAGAUGAUUAUUAUUAUUAUUUAUUGAUAAUAAAUUAUUAAACAAAUAAAAGUGACAUAAUUCAUACUUCAAGUAGGCAAUUAUUAUAGUCUAUAAAAAAAAUAUAUGUAUAUAUUAUUUAUACAAUAUAAAACGUGUAAUGUAGGAAAAUUACAUGAUGAUUUUGGGCAAUAUUGUUUAUUUCACCUGAGGAAAAAGAUUGUGAACAGAUAGUUUGAUUUACCUAAAUUUUAUAAACUUUUUUUUAAAAAUAUAAUAAAUUACCUACAACUACAAGAUCUUACAGGAUUUUACCUCAGAUUUUCCUCAAUUUCUCAAAUUAAUUUAAAUUAAUUUUCCAUAAAUAAAUAGUAAUAAAUAAUAAUUAUAUUAAUUAUAGAAUUUUUUAACUCGAUACUCGAGUUUUUGACAUGGAUAUAUUUCCCUAAUAUAAAGGAAAUUUAUUAUAUAACUGUUUUAUAAUUAGUGAACAAUUUAAAAAUGUUCAUCCUAUAAUCCUUAGAAAAAAAAACGACUUUUUAUAUGUUCACUUUUCAAAAUUGAAUACAUUAUACAUAGUGAUUCCUUAUCAUGUAAUAUAGUAAUUACUUAUUGAAUAUAAUGUUUUUCAUUCUAUAGAAAUUAAAAUGGUUAUUACUAAAAAACUAUUUAUCAUAUUUCUAUGUAUGUUUGUGACAUUGCCAUUUUUCAAAUAAUAUCUAUUACAAAUUGGCUAUUUUGACAUUUUCAAAAUUUAAUAAAUAAAAAGUAAUUUUUUCCUAAAUGCAUACAUGUUUUCUAGUGCCCCCUCACAAAAAAUCUCUUAGAAAAAAAAAAAUAGAAAUUAAUAUAGAUAUUAGCAUAGGGAAAACAGUGGGACACCUGUACGUAAAUACUAAUACAAAAUAAUCACUAAAAGUUACUAUUUUAAAAUAUUCACUUUUUUAACUUUUAUAUCUUUGUUUUCCACUAGGAACACUGAUUAUUGCAAAAUAAUUUUAUAAUAGGUAUCUUAAUCAGACAAGUUAAAUAAAAUUAAAAGUAUACUUUUUUAAUAAUAUAUAAUAAUAUUAUAAGACUAACAUUGAGUUUUUUUUUUCAAACUAUUGCAUUUUUGUGAAUAUGAGAUAAUUGAAAAUUAUAACAAUUUAAAACUAGGCAAAUAAAACCACAACAUAAAAAUGUACAUAGUGUUAUACAAUAAUGUGGUAUAAAUUAUCAUUUAUAAUAUUAAUUAAAUAAAAUAUUAUUAGGAACAACAUAAAAAAAUUAUAUUUUGUUUUUCUUUAAAUUAAAUGUAUACAUUUAUUCAGUAUAAUGUUGUUUGAAAUACAUAAACUAUACAAAUAAACAAAACAAAUUGAUUAUAAAUCAAACUUUACAAGUUGAAUGUAAAACUAAAUUUUAAAAUUAAAAUUGCAAGAAAAUUUAUUUUUUUUUAGUCAUAGGUAAUCAUCCAAACAAAUCAAUAUUUUGAAUGACUCCUUUCCCUAAUUGUAACGACUAAUAAGACCCUACUAUAUAAAUUAAGAAAAUUAAAUAAAUGUAGAUAAGAUUUUAUUUUUCAGACAAGCAUUUUAGUUGAUUAAUUUUGUAAACAGUUAUUUAGUUUUCUUUUUAUUAAUUUAAACCUUCGAAAUUCAUUGAUUUUUUACUAAAAAUUUUACUAAUAAUUUCAUUUUAAAUUACAUUAUAUUCAUUUUAAACUAUUGUAUAUUGUGGUUAACACAUUCCAAUUUUGUUUUGCUUAUUGAACUGGAAAACUGAAUUAAGGUAGUUUUAACACAUUAAUUAGAUUGAUAAAGUUUCACAGUUUAAAGUACUUAUUUUAAUAAUAAAAAUAAAUUAAAAUUUUAUACUAAAAGCCUAUUACAAUUGUUUUAGUCUCGUGCAAAUAAUUUGUUCCUACAACAGAUUUCUAAAUUAAAAAUAUUAAAUUAAUAUUUUACUCAUUAUACCACCUAAAUAUGUUUAGGGUUUUCUACUCAGUAAGAAACACCGAGAAGCUCAGUCUAGCGGUUCAAUACAGUCUCCACAAUCAUACCAUGGAUGGUAAUUAAUAUAUAUUUUUAUAAUCAUAUAUUAUGUAUGUGUUUUAAUUUACUUAAUAAUUUUAUUUCAGGGGUGUCUUGCAGUCACAACAAUCAGAACCAAAUGUAAUGCCAAGCAAUUUGAGUCCAUCCUCUAGCGGGUCAAAUAUUCCACCUUACAGAUUUGUUGGGCGGUAUGAAGAUGAUUUUCCACUAAGAAAAACAGGUAUUUAUUUGAUUACUUGCAAUUUAAUAAAAUUUAGCUUUUUUUAAACUUCUUCAUUGUUUUAAUAAUUUUUUUGAAUAAAGAUUUUUAGUUCUAGAUUGUUAAAAUAGGUUUUAAUAAUCUAUUUUUUAUGUUUGUUAUUUUAUUGUUCAUAUAACACAUUAAAAAUAUUUAUUACAUAACAUACAUAAAUGUGUGUUAUUCAACUAUGAUUUUUAUUUUUUAUAAGUAUAUCUACUUCUAAUUCUGAGUGGGAGAAAUGCAUUACUAUGAUGUGUUUUUUCUGUCUGUUAUAAAUUUAUUAACCCGAAAUUUUAUUCUCAUCAACUAGUUUCUUGUUGCAUAUUUUGCUUUUCCUUGUAAUUUUUUUUAAUAAUUGGGAAAAACAGUAAAUUGACACAAUAAAGGUUCAAGUUUUUUUCGAUUUUUAUAUUUUUUAAUUCAAUAAUUUGAAAAUCUUAGAGGCCUAUAGUUUUAACCAAAUAUUUACAUUUUUGGACUAUUUUUUUACUUUUAUUUGGAUACUAUAAUUCUUAAAUUCUCAAAAUCUUUAAAAAAUGUAAUAUAAUAUUCAUUAUAAGUUAUUCUUAUGGUACUAUAAAUAUAUCAAAAAGAGGUAGACACGAUAAUUCUGAACUUUGUUCAGAAUUAUUAUUCAUUAACAAUAAUUUAUUGUUGCAUACAAUUAUAAGUUAAAUUAUCCCACCUUCCCAACUUCCAACCUAUAACAGUGAUACAUUCAUCAGAAGUUACCGUUCUUUUUGCUAUAUUGAUUGUAAUUAAUUAAUUAAAUUUCAAACUAUAAGGCUUCACCAAACAAGGUAUGGACACAUUAAUCAAAUAUACAUAUCAGCUUAAAAACAUAUUAAGAUUGGGAAAAUUCAGUCUCCAAUAUUGAUUUUUUCCAAACUUAGUGUUUUUAUUGAAAACUAAUUAUUUUAUUUGAAAUAAUAACACCAUCUAUUCUAGUUUAACAACAUAUAAAUUUUUUUAAAAAUUUGUAUAUGUUUUAAAUGUGUGUUUUCACAUGUAUAGUAAUAAUGUUAAAAAAAAGUAGAAUAUGUCAUAGGGUAAAUACUAUAAAGUAUAAUAGAUAAAAUUUAAUUUUGUCAAAGGAUUAAUCAUUUAAAGCUACACAUUUGAGAAAUAUAUACAUAUGGAUAUAUAUUUUUUAAUAAUGUAUUUGAAAAAAAAAAUCUGAAAUUUAAUAUUUUCAAAUACCCAGUAUAAAAAAAAAAAAAAAAAACAAAUUUUUCUUAUAAUUUUCAAAAUAGUUUGUGACUUUUUACUUUAUUGUUGUACAUAUGAAAACACAUUUUUAAAAUAAAAAAGUCAAUUACUUACUAAACUAAUAUUUCAUUAAAUCAUAAAAGUUUCUUAAUUGCUAAUUGUAUAGUUCAAAAACACAAUUUAACCAUGAUAACAUAUUUAAAAUGCCAUAUAAUUUGUCUAAUCAUAACAAUAUUAUUUAUUGGCAAUAACAAUUGUUAAUAUAACGUUUGUUCUUUUAUCCACUGACCACUUUCCUAACUUAAGUGUGUUUUUUUUGUUCCUUGUGUGUGUUGAAAAUGUUAUUGCAUGAAGCAUCGGAACCAAAUUUGCUCAAAAUCAGAUUGAAACAGCACAUGGUUGACAAACGUAACAAUCCAAUAGCACGACCAAGAGACAGAACUGGCAGCAGAGUUUCUAAGCUCGCAAGUACUGUACCAUUUUAAUAAUAAAAUACGUUCCCAUUUAACAUUGACAUUUUAGUAUUUCUUUUCGAUUUUAAUGUUUCUUAUUUUGUUUUUAGUUGAGACGUCACCUUCAGGCAGUACUCCUGGUUCUGGGCCGAAUUCUCCUCCAAUUAUAUCAAAUUGUAGAAAUUCUCCUUCAACUGGUGCCACUACUCCAAUAAAAGAAGUAUAAUAUAUAAAUUUUUAGCUUAAAUUUAUUUAUAGAUUUUCACCUAGAUUUUUAUUUUUUCAGGAAGGAGAAAUGGCAUUUGGUCAUAUGUCUAAUAAUCAAAGCAAUAGUGUUGCUGAUCUCUCUACAUUGUAUACCAGUCCUUCUAUGCCUAACAUAUCACUAGGACGACCACCCUCAAAUUCGGUAAAUAAUAUCAGUAUCUAUAAUAAUUACAAUUUAUUAUCUACCAAAUAUAGUAUAUUAAACAAAUUUAAUUUUUUAUUGCUGUAGCCUUAAACAACAUUUUAUUUUAGAUAAUGAAUAGCAAAUUUUUCUAUAUUCUCUCUGAAAAAAAAAGGAGUGGACUUCUCAAAAAAUGCAUUAUCAUAAAAUUUCUAUUCUUUAAACAAUGAUUAUUUAAGUUUUAAAAAAUAAAAUAAAAUUUAAUCUAAAAAUCAUUUCAGAAAUUUUUGAAAUUAUGUUUGUAUAUUUAAUCUACUCUCUCAUACACACUUAUCAAAAUAUUAGUAUCCACUCACACCUGAUGACAACUUCAAAUUUGGUUGGAUGUGAGUUCUGACACGAGAUACUGUGUAAUCAAGAGUCUAAUCUAACAAUUAUGUAAAUCAAUAAACAUGCCAAAUAAAAUAAAUUUAAUAAUAGUUUAAUGCUGCUUUUUAUAAACUGCUGUUAAUUAUAAUGUACCAAGCAGUUAUAAGUGCAUACAAAAUUAGUAAUUAAAUAUCAUUAUACACAAAUACAUAAAAACUGUGUAAAGGUACUCUCUUAUUAAUUAAUCAGAUGUCCAUUUAUACUUUAAUAUGUUUGCAGUAUAAAAGCUGAAUUUAUUUUUGGUAGUUUGUUUAAUACAAAUAUACAAUGCAGUUAAAUUAAAUCAAUAACAAUACACUAGUACAACUACCUUACAAUAUCUAGAGGAUUACAUAACAAUUAGUUGUUAUGUAAAAUAUGUUCGGAUUAUGCAAAUAGUCGUGAAAUAAUAAUUAUUAUUGCUCUGUAUUCAUAAUUAAAAUAUAUCAACAUUUGUUAUUCUAAGAAAUUGAAUAUUGUAUGAAAGUAUACUGCUUUAGUUUUGUUUGGUGGUUAAUAAUAGUUAUUAACAACUAAUCGAGAAAUUUUAAUAUUAAAAAGUAUUUAGUACAGUAUUCUUAUUUCUAUAGUUAUUAUAUAUAAUAAUAUAUACCAAAUAUGUUUGAUGUUAAUUAACAACUGUUGCUUGAAUAGAUUCCAUAUUUUUUUUUUUUUUUUUUUUUUUAAUAUAAAAUCUAGAUUAAAGUUAUAUAUGUGAUCAUUUUACCUGCAAUAGUUAAAAAAUAUAAAUAAAAAAUUUAAACUAUAAUUACAACAAUCUCAUAAAUAAUUUUUCAUAUUAAAUAAUUAAUUUAUUGUAUCUGAUGAAAAAUUUUUCUCUUGUGUAUGAAUUUACCAUUUUUUUUUACAAAAAAAGAACAUUCACUUUUUAUUGUCCCUUGAAAUCACAUGUUUAUAAUAAUAUUUUCAUUUUCAUUAUUAGGUUUAUUAUCUAUAUUACAUUUUCACUGCAGUUAAGUUAAAUCUGAUUAUAUUAAUAUUUUUAAUGUAUUUAUAUUGCUUAUGAUUUUUUUUUUUUUAUGUUUUUUUAGGAUGGAACAAAAUUAUUAUCCGUUUCAGAAGCUGAAGUUCGUGCUGCUUUUACAGCCAGAUUAGGGGCACCUCUUACUGGACAAAUGUUAUCAAAUACUUUACCCUACUACCCCACACUUCCAUGUAAUUCCUUUCUUCUAAAUAAUUGUAGUUUUAUUUUACUUUUUUUAUAUUUAUUACUUACUAAACUGUAAAAUAUAUACGACCUGUAUCACAAAGAUUUACCCCUUGAUUAUCGCUGGAGAUAAUAAAGAUAAUCAAAUAAUGUUUUUGUUUUUUUUUUUAAAUUAUUCACAAGGACGAGGACUAUAAAUAUGUAUAUUUUAGUUAUUAUUAUUUUUUUUUUUUAUUUAAAAAACUACAUAUUUUAUUUUUAUAAAAUAUGGAAAUUUUAUCAUAGCCAUCUUGUAGAGUUAAUUUUUCUGAAAAAUUUAAUGUACCACACAUUUACAUCCAUUGGAUAGUUUCUAAAUAACAGCCAUUUUAAAUUCUACUAAUCCCCAUGAAAAUCAAUGUUUUUGUGUAACUCCAUUAAAUUAUUCUCUAAAUAACUUCGGUUUUUUCUCAGAUUUAUAGAAUUUAAACUGGCUGUUACUUAGAAAUUAUCCAUCAGAUUUAAAUAUAUAAUACUUAAAAAAAUGUCCAAAAAUUUAACUCUACUAGAAUGGCUAUCUUAACAUUUUUCUGAAAAUAAUAAAAUAAAGUUAUUUUUUAAUUUGUUGAAUAAAAAAAAAUUAAUUUGUAUAUAAAUAUUUGUACUCCACAUUCCUAUGAGUAAUAUAAAAAAAACAUAAUUUGAUUAUCUUUAUUAUCUCCAGAUAUUCAAGGGGUAUAUCUUUGUGGGACAGCCUGUUUCUAUAAGGUAAAUUUUUAUUAUUUUUAAUGUAUAAUUUUACAGUACUCGAUACAUCUCAAACUUUUAUUCAAAAACAAAUGCGAAGCCUGGAGUCUAGACAAACGCCUAUGCCAUUUCAUCCGACACCUAUUACUGACACACAAGUAGCACAUGCUAGAUUAAACAAAGCUGGACAUAGACCCUUGGGUCGUACGCAAUCUGCACCCCUUCCUCUAGGACAUCCUAUGUUGAACAGCACUGCGCCAAGUCAACAACUCAGUGUACAUUACGAAGAUUACGAAUUACCUCUCCAACAGCUCAAUACACAUAUUUAUUUGAAACAAGUAAAGUUGUUAAUUUUCAUUUAUAUUAUAUUUUUUUUUUAUUAUUAUUUUAUUUUCACAGCAAAUUCGUAAUACUGUAUUAACUCGAGUUGGAAGCAGAGCGCAUUUAGCGAACAGUAGCAGUUUUAUAAAUGAGGAUUCAGAAGACAAUGCAAAGGUAAUGAAAUAAGUGUUUAUAGUUUUAGUGAAAAUAAAUAUAAAUUUUUGCAUUAUUUUAUUAUUAUUUUCCUAAUACUUUAGGCCCUUUGCAUAAUUAUCUUUAAAAAAAUAUAAUAUAUCCAGGUAAUAGAUUUGACUGGUGGUCGGCCAAGAACACCAAUAGACAAUGGCUUAACAAAUAAAAGUCAAACAUUUUUACAACAACAGCGAGACUUUAUGAUGCGUCAAACCUGUCAAUCCAAUGAUGGUAUAGUUAAUUAAUGAUGUUAUACAUUUUAAAUAUAUUUUCAUUAAAAAGUUUUAUUUUUUUUGCAGUUUCUAAUUUUGCAUCUCGUAAUACACAACCAUUAUCUUUGGUCAGAACAUUUUCUAGUCCUUUAGACACAAACUUUAAUAAAGGAGGAAUAGCCUUUGAUAAAAUCACAAGUUCUUCAGCAUCAGCUUCUCAAAGUCUCAAUUCUUCUGAAGCAAAAUUAUCAGGGUGAGCAUCUACACAUUUAUGCAUGACUAUAAUUUGUUGAUUGAUUUAUAUUAAUUUUUAUUAUUAGUCCUCAUCGACCUACAACUGGAUUAGCUUUUGACAGUCUGAUGUUAAAACAUGCUUGUAAAUGUGGAAACAAUUCUAUACAUCCAGAACACAGUGGCCGACUUCAAAGCGUAUGGGCUCGAUUAAUUGAAACUGGAUUAGCCAGGCGAUGUGAUAAAUUGAGACCACGAAAAGCUACAUUAGAAGAAUUACAAACUUGCCAUACUGAACCACAUACACUUUUAUUUGGUAUGUAAUUAUAGUUUGAAAUUGAGUUUUUAUUUUAAAUUUAUUUGAUAUAUUAUAUUUUAAUUUAAUAAUAAGGCACAAAUCCUUUGAGUCGACAAAAAAUAGAUAACUCUAAAUUGGCUGAGUUGCCUGUAAAAAAUUUGGUAAGGCUUCCAUGUGGUGGAUUGGGAGUAGAUUCAGACACAACAUGGAAUGAAAUUCAUACUGCCCCUGCUGCUCGAAUGGCUGUUGGAUGUGUUAUGGAUUUGGCUUUUAAAGGUAAUAAUAAAUUUAGAUUAAUUAAACAAAUAUCUAUAUUAUUAUAAUUAAUAUUAUAUUAAAAGUAUAACUUAUGGUUUUAUGGUAAUAGCUGCCUUAGGUGAUAUAAAAAAUGGUUUUGCCAUUGUACGUCCACCAGGACAUCAUGCAGAAGCAAAUCAGGCCAUGGGUUUUUGUUUCUUUAAUUCUAUCGCAGUGGCAUGUCGUUUGCUGCAACAGAGGCAAGCCACACAACGUAUACUUAUUGUUGAUUGGGUAAUUUUUAAAUUUAUUUUUGUUAAUUUUCUUUUUAAAGAAAUCUUUGUAAUGUCUUCUAAUUUGAUCACAUAGGACAUCCACCAUGGAAAUGGUACCCAACAAAUUUUCUAUAAUGAUCGAAGUGUGUUAUAUAUAUCUAUCCAUCGACAUGAUGAUGGAAACUUUUUUCCCGGAACUGGAGCACCUGGAGAGGUAUUUGUUAAUAAUUAACUUUAAAAUAUACAGAUAAGUAAUAAAAUCACAACUGUAUAUUCUUAAGUCAAUAAUAUAAAUAAAAGGUUAUUUUAUUUUGUUAAUUUUUUAUUUUUUGAAUUAGUGUGGUGCUGGCAGUGGCCUAGGAUACAAUGUAAAUAUAAGUUGGAGUGGAGGUUUACAGCCUCCAAUUGGAGACGCAGAAUAUUUAGCAGCAUUCCGGACAGUCGUUAUGCCUAUUGCUCGGGUAUUGAAUUUGAAUUCUUAAUAAUAUUUAUUUAAAAUUAAUAACUACUGUUAAUAUUUUAAAGGAUUAUGCACCAGAAAUUGUACUUGUAUCUGCAGGAUUUGAUGCAGCUAAAGGACAUCCAGCCCCAUUAGGUGGAUAUAAUGUAACACCAGCUUGUUUUGCAUACAUGACACAACAACUAAUGCAAAUUGCCGAUGGAAAGGUAUUUUAUUUCAUUGUUAACCUUAUUUUAAUAAACUAAUAAAAACACUUAGUAUAAAUUAUAUCCCAUGUUGUGUUUCAUUUAGGUCAUUUUAUCAUUAGAAGGGGGAUAUGAUCUAACAGCAAUAUGUGACAGUGCUGAAGAAUGUGUAAGAGCACUGUUGGAAGAUAAAAUCACACCAAUUAUUGAUUCUGAAUUGCAUCGUGCUCCUUGUCAAAAUGCUAUAAAAACCUUACAAAACACUAUUGCUAUACAGGUAUUUAAGUGAAAAGGUUUAACUUUUAAUAGUAGCAUGUCAUAAUAUUAUAAUUUAUUAUUUCCCACAUUACACAUUUACAUACACACACAUACACACACAUUUACAUAAUAACUUUAACCAAAUUAAAUUAAAUUGAAAAUAAACUAAAAUCAAUAACUGAUUGUAUCUCAAUCUAUAAUUGAGGUUAAAUAUCCAGACUCAUCUACUUAAGCUGAACUAUUUAGUUGUAGAUUACUCGCACAUAGCCACACACAAUUAUAUUCCCGGACAUCUUUCAUUUUCCACUUGUGAAGCAAAUAUCCACAUAUACUAUGCACAACCCAUGCUUAUUCAGUUUAGGAUUAUCCAUUCCUGCCUUAUUAGUUUGAAUCCUUUAACUCUGUGUGUUUGGUCUAUAAUUAGCUUGUUGUUAUGUAUAACAUAUCCCUCCAACCAUUUAUUAUAUUCCCUCAGGCUACAGAACUCUGAAAUAGUUAUCUUCCCCCUGUUCAAGGUGGCUACCUUGAGUUAAGUUAUAAAUUCCUCUAUGUAUUGUAAAGUUGUUGGUAAAACAGUGAAUUCUUAUUUUGUUUGGUAAACAACCUCAUAAGCUUCAAGUCCCUUUUCAUAUUUGGCAGUGUAUUAUUAUAUAAUUGUAUGUGGUUAUAUAUGUGUGAUCUACAACCAAACAGUUAACACAUAGUGGAUGAGUCUGUACAUUUAACCUCAAUUUUAGAUUAUGGUGCAAUCAAUUAUUGAUUUUAUUUAAGUUUUAAUUUUAUUUUAUUUGGUUAUAAUUAUUAUGUUACUAUGUAUUAUGUCAUAGAAAAUAAUAAAUUAUAAUAUUAGCAAACACUUGUAACCAUGGAAGUAAUGUAGAUCUUACUACUCCACUUACUAUUCUCAUUUACUAUUUAGUUGUGUAUUAAAACAUUAUAAUGUAUACUAUAUUUUAGUUGCCCCAUUGGCCAGUGUUAAAGAAGCUAGCACACACUGUAUCUUGCAGUGCUAUAAAAGCAAAACUGUGUGAAGAAAAUGACACAGUCAGUGCCAUGGCUUCCUUAUCCAUGACCAGGCACAGAAUACAGUAAGUACAAGUUUUCAUAUUUUUUCUGAAGAGCUUAAUUUCAUUUAUAAUUCUAUACUUUUAAAAAAAGGUAUUAUAUACAAAUACCUAAUAAAAAUAAUAAUAAACUGUCCUAAGAUAAUGAAAACAGGUGUAGCUACUGUUUUAGGAAUGAAGUUGGGAAGGUAGAAUACAGAAGGAAAUUUAAUCUAUAUCAUCUUUGUAAAACCAUAAACUUCACUUUAUUCAGAAUCUUUAAUCAACUUUGUAGUUUUUCAAUAAUUAAACAUGUGAAAAUUUGAUAUAUCUGAUAUUUUUUUUAUCAUGUUAUAUACAAUCUAUACACUAAAGCAUAAUAAGUAUAUCCGGGGAGUGAAUAAAUUUAUUAAAGUGACACUAGUGGUACUUUAGCAGUUGAGGAUUACAUUUAUGUAUCUAUAAUUAGGAAUAUGCCUAAAUUUAUUAUUAUAAGAUAUCCCAGCACCACGUUUUUUUGAAUCUGCAAUGUGGAUUUCCAUGAAUGGAUGAAUAGAUUUUUUAUGAGUGAGUUUUAGUGGCGCACAAGUUUGGGGGAAAAAAUCUAUUGUAAAGUGAUUUUGAUUUUUUAUAAAUUGUUAUAUAGGAUGUCAUUAUGAAGUAUAUAGUUUGAAAAAAAAAAAGAAAGAGGAGCAUUUGUGAUUUUUUCGAAAGUUGUUUUAAACAAUUUGAAUAAUAAUCAGCUAUGUAGCUUUCCAAUAAGAAAACAUAUGAAAAUUUGCUAUAUCUGAUGUGUAUUUUCAAAAUAAGAUUUUAUAUUUUUAUAUAUUUAUGUUUUAGUUAUAUAUAUAUUAUUUUUUUUAGAAGUUCAGAACCCAAUGAUGAACCAAUGGACGAAGAUGAUAAAUAG